AUGACUGCAUAUUUUUCAAGCUGUCAGAUCAAAGGAAACGCAAUAAACGACCUGCUGGUUCGGUUAACCCCUAGCUUGGAAUAUCUAGAGGACGAACAACGCGACGAUGUACAGCAGAAGAUCGACGACCUGCGGCAGAAGUGGAUCGAACUGAAGAAUUUCAUUAUUGCGCGGGUCGAUCUACUGAAGCUGUACAUCCGCUUCCACCAGGAAGCCGAGACGUUGCGCAAUCUGUUCGAAUCGUUCGUCAUUCAGAAAGCCACCUUCCAAAGUGUCGAACGUGACAAGCCUCUACUGCAAGCUGCCCUGGAUAAUAUUCGCCAACAGCUGAGUCAACUGAAGCUGAUCGGCCAACAGUGUGUCGAUGGUUUGGAGAAGGCGGCGGAUCCCUAUCUGCAGAAAGCUCGUGCAGUGCAGUGCGUCGAGCGAACGCUAGCCGAGCUCAGCGCCCGUCAGUUGGCCAUCGGCGAUGAGUGGGAACGCUGGAAUGCCCAACAGCACGCGGACACCGUUCUGAACGACAUCAUGGCCCAAAACAUGGAGACCCUCGCAGAGGCCACCAAGCUGGAGGAGCAGCUCUAUCCGAUCUUCAACACCGCCUCGGACAAUCCGGCCGAUUUGAGUGCCUUCGUUGGUACUAAACUAACGCAGAUCCAGACGGACAUUCGGGCGGCGGAAAGUGAACUAACCAAGCGCUUCGAAACGAUCGAUCAACUCGCCACGGGCGGAACGACGGAAUCGAACGACAAAGUGAUUCAAGUGAAGAACAGCCUCAACUCGAUCAAAACCAAGCUGCACACGAUUGCGGCCGAUUUCCGGGAGCUUGCGACGGUGAUAGAACAUUUCCUUCGUUCCGUUGCUACCUGUCGUGACAACAUAAAGGACUAUUUCGCGCGCAAACAAACCGUAACCGGUCCGGAAAGUGUUGAAGCCAUCACCAACAGCUACGAGCAGUUCAAGCAGAACACGAUGGAGUACUUCCGCAAUCUGCUGCAGCAAAGUGAGCGAAUUAUCGAACGUAUCAAGGCUCAGGAGCCCCCGGGGGCUAAAGAGCAAGAUACGGACAAGAUCAUAACCCUGUUGGAGAAUUUGCGAACAUACUUCGAAACGCAAACCGAAUCGGAGAACUCCGAACUACGCAAGCAGCAUGCAGUGAUUGCGUUCGAUAAAAGUUUGAACGAAGUGCGAGGGGAAAUCGGCACCAAGGCGGAUCAGUUGAGUCGCGGACGGGGAAAUUACGGUGAAAAUGCGGACGGCGCGAGGGAGCAGUUGACCAGAAUAGGCGAAUUCGAGGCCAGCCUGCAGGAACUAAGUUCUAAAAUCGAUGAAUUCGUCAGCGCAUCACAGAGCCUCAGCAGCCAGUAUCCGGAAACGGCUCCGUACGUGCAUUCGGAAGCCACAAAGAUUCGUGACGAAUGGUCUGAGCUGUUGAACAAAACGCAGGAGUACCGUCAACAAACCACAGUAGCAAUAGAAUACUUUGAGUUAAUCUCAGUGGUCGAAAACUGCUAUCGCGAUCUGAAUGCAGAUCUCAUCAAUGCUAACAACAAGCUGUCGAUCCUCAGCAAUCCAGAUCUAGCUGAUGAUCUGAUGCAGCAGAUUGAAAACAUCCUGAAGGCAUACGAAAGUCAGCAGUUGAAUACGCUGAAGCAAAUAUCGACCCUAUCCUCUCAGUUAUACGGUCACGACAGCACGGUAGCUCUGUACAACGAUAACCUGAAGCUGUUCCAGAAAUUUUACAAAAUCAAAACAGACCUUAGCGAUCGCAUCAAGGAACUAACAGAGCAACAGCAACAGCAACGACUGCUCCAAGAGACUCAACAGGAUGAAGUUCAUGAAGUAACGACGAUAACGACGACAACCACUCACAGUGGCUUACCUCAGCAGCAGUCGAUCGACAUUCAAACGGUAGACGAAGCUGAAUACCUACAGGAACCACAGGCACCGUUGGUGAUUCAAACCACGGAAGAGACACGCCACGAGCAGAUUCACGAGAUCGUCACUUCGGCCCCGGAACCCACUCCACCUCCAGCUUCACUAUCAAUCCCAAAACCACUUACGGACAUAUCGGUCCAGGAAGGCGCCCGUGUCCAACUCCAGUGCGUAAUCUUCGGCCAUCCGCCUCCUUGCGUUGAAUGGUUCAAGGACGGAAUCAGCAUCCAAAACAAUCCGGACUACAAAACCACCUUCGACGGAGGUCUAUGUUCGCUGACCAUCGACGAAACAGUAACCGCUGAUUCCGCAGAAUUCCUCUGUCGAGCAACCAACGACGCUGGCAUCGCUGACACGUCCGCGCGGUUAACCGUAACCGAGCUAGCUCCGCCUCCGAAACCCCAGGGAAUGCCACCGGUUUUCAGCCAGAGACUAGCCAACGGUAGCGCCACCGAGGGACAACCCUUCCAGUACAGCUGCACCGUCACAGGUAAUCCUCUGCCCGUGCUUCACUGGUACAAGAACGACACUUGCAUUGACACUUCCCCCGAUUACAAGAUCUCGUUCGAGCCGACCACCGGUGCGGCGGUGCUUCGCUUCGAGCAGGUAUUCCUCGAAGAUCAAGCCCGCUUCACCUGCCGAGCGAGCAACGAGUGCGGAACCGACGAAACCGCCGCCGAACUGACCGUUGAACCCCUGGAACCGACCGAGUAUCCCAGCUUCCGUACCCCGCUGUCCAACGUGAUGGCCCGCGUGGGCCAGAAGAUCAAGCUGGAAGCCGAAGUUGCCGGUACUCCGCCGCCCGAGGUCAUGUGGACCCACGAUGGAAAGCAUUUUGCCAACCGGGAAGUGAAGUUCUUCUACGAAAACGGCAGAGCGCAAUUGGUCAUAGACGAAGCAUUCCUGAAGGAUGCUGGUGUCUACACGCUAACUGCCAAGAAUAUCGCCGGUGAAAAGUCCUGCUCGUGUAAUGUUGUUGUGAAAGGUCGGCUGCCGCACGAAACGUCCGAUUCCGAACUAGCCAGUGAUAUGGAACCAGUGAAACCGUCCGUCCAGCUCCAGCUAAAGGACGUCUCAGUGUUCGAGGGGAAACCGGUCCAACUGGACUGCGUGAUCGUCGGUCAACCGGAGCCGGAAGUGAUCUGGUACCACUGGGAACGUCCCGUCAAGGAGUCCACCGAUUUUCAGCUGCUAUUCCAAGGUGAUCGCUGUUCGCUGGUGAUACGAGAAGCAUUUCUAGAAGAUGCUGGCGAGUACCGAGUGGUCGCUAUUAAUAGCGCUGGUGAAGCUUCGAGCAAGUGUAAUCUAAUUGUAACACCACUGAACAUCGCGGAACCGGCCGUACGUCAGCCGGCCGAGCGUGUCCUGCCCCAACUGGGGGCGCCACCCAAGUUCGAGCGGCUGCUAAGUGACAUCCUAGCGACCGACGGCGAGAAGUGCCAAUUCGAGUGUGCCGUCAGUGGUGAUCCGCGACCCAGCAUCAGGUGGUACGUUAAUAACCGUGAAAUCGAAGAGAACCCGCGUGUUCAUUCAAUAAUCCGCGAGGACGGAGUGGUGAAGCUCGUCAUCGAACAGGUGUUCCCCGACGAUAAGGGCGUGUACACGGUGAAGGCGAGCAACCCGUCCGGGGAGGCCAAGUGUUUUUCGAAUUUGAUCGUCAAAUCGGUGAACGCGCCCGAGUUCGAAACCGUGCCGGCGUUUCUUAGCGACAGUGUUGUUUGUCCGACCUUUAAGGAACUGUUUGCCGAUCGGGCCGUUAAGUUGCACGAUUCGACCAAGUUUGAGUGCAUUGUUGUGGGCAAACCGCAGCCGAAAAUCCGGUGGUUUUUCAACGACCGGCCCGUCCAGGGACACGAUUUUCUCGUUUCGACUAGUGGCGAUCGGCAGGUACUGACGAUUCCUGAAGUUGUGCCGGAGUUGGCUGGGAAGAUUACUUGUUUGGCCGAGAACGACGCGGGACACGCCCAGUGUGUGGCUUUUAUCAAGCUGGCCGAUGGUUUUGGAACGAUGGCGUCGUUCUUGCCGCAGGUUAUGGCUGAGUCAAUGAUGCAGGUCGAUAAUAGUGGAGCGUCGACGGUGACGCUCCAGAAGCAGGUUACCACUUCAUCCUCGUCCUAUUCCUCCUCGACGGUGGUCGAGAACGGAGUAUCCCAAUCCGAGGUGCACUCGCAGUCAGCCCAGAUGGACCGCUCGUUCAAGAAAGUCGGUAACGAAGCCCCGGAAUUGUCGGAGAAAAAGCAAUUCUCGCAGUACCAUCAAUCGAACGACCUGCCACCAUCGAUUCAGCAGGAAACAUCCAUCCUCAACAUCGCCAACAACAAUACGUCCGAAAUGCACGAAACCAUCAUCGCCAACUCGGGCCAGAUCAGUACCGGAAAGCCGGCCAGACGCAGCUCCGCUCCCCGGUUCGUAUCGCCGUUCAACGGAAAAAUUGUCGACCAAGGAGCCGAUGUAGUUUUCGAAGGAAUCGUCGACGGCUAUCCGACACCCGAGGUGAAAGUAACGAAGAACGAUGCCGACCUACAGCCGGACGGAGAACGCAUCAGUGUGUCCUAUUCACUCAACAAGAUCGUAGUCGAGCUGAAGAACGUUUCCACCAACGACGCAGGACGUUAUACCGCGACGGCAUCGAACGCAGCCGGUGCUUCAUCGACCACCGCCGAUCUGGUCGUCAAAAAGUCUAUAUUCCCGCCCGUGUUCGGUAGACGGCUACAGGCCCAGAGUGUCCGUCGAGGUGAUCGUGUUAUUCUGUCCGCGGAAGUAACGGGAACCCCCGAGCCGACCGUGUACUGGUUCAAGGACAACCAACCCGUCCAGGACGCGCUGCUACCGGGCAGCUUCGCUCUGCAGCAGGUUGGUCCCUGCCAUAAGCUCGUGUUCGAACAGAUUGACCUAGCGGACGCCGGCAAGUACAUGCUGCUGGCCAAGAACGCCGGCGGUGAAGCGCAAAGUAUCGCCGACAUUGCCGUGCUGGAAGUGGAACCCCAGCCACAACCCCAACCGAAGCAUGUCUCCUUCGUGGACAUACCACAGCCAGCGGCCGGUGAACCACACGAAAGCAUUUCCGGCGAGUCUGGCUUUACCGCUCGUCAAGAGUUUUCAGCCGAAUCGAAACUGCAGGGUCCCACGACAGAGUCCACUGUCGUAACCGAAACGCGUCGCACUACCGAAGCCACGAUGCGUUUGGAACACAAAAUCAACUUCCCAGAUCUGCCCGUUACAUUUUCACAACGCACACAAACACCCACUAUACCGCUUGUGUCCGAAGGAACGAUGGUUCAGACAGACGUUCAAACCAGUGCCACCAAUACAGACCGAAUCGCUACACGAACGGACGCCACACAAACACCGAUGCAGAUACUACAGCUGCAGCAACAACCUCCAGCGCAGCUGCUAAAGACUGAAGCCACACAAACGACUCCUCAGUUGGAACCGAAACCAACGACCGAGGAGUUCCAAACCGAAACCAAGCGAAGUGCGUUCCAGUUCUUUGAAAAGAUCGACAAAAUGAACGGAACGCCACAUCCGGUGGUGGCUCCUCCACCGCCCAUACCAAAGCCAAAAUCUUUCAAACCUCUCAAACAAACGCCAGUCGCCAUCGAUCAAACGCAACAGCUGGUAGGUCCGGAAAUACAACUCUAUCAAGCGUACGCACCGCCGCCAGUAACCCAACAAACUCCAUUCGCUUCAUCAUCCGAACAGUCACAGUCAAGUAGCGUCACAACCAGCACCAUCACAACGACCGCCAGCAGCAGCUAUCAAACGACCAAAAAGGUCGAGUUUCUGCAACCACAACCCAUCACCGUUCCGACUCCUCCGAUCUAUCACCAAGAGUCGCACCCUCCGAUAACCCCCGAAACGCACCCCAUCCCGAAGCACGAUCCGACUCCUUCCCACAAAAUUCCUCAGAUUGUUGCCCAAGAAAGUGCAAUCUAUCGACCCCAAGCAAGCACCCCCCAUCUGGAGCGAGCUCGCAGCUCGUCUCCUCGACCAUCGGCGGAAGCCAUCGCAAUGGAGAAACUUUGGACCACUCCUAAAACAUCCGGCUUCGUCACAUUACCACGCACCAAGCCAUCAUCUGUGACUCCUACCGCUCGUAAACACUCUCUAGAGGACAAUAAACGCUCAACGCCUAAAUCUGAAUUCCAGCCGCAGCCAGUGCAGAACGCCUUUUACAGCCAACAGCAGCAGCAGCAGCUGCUGCAGCAACAACAGCAACAGCAGAUGUAUUCGUCCUUCUCGACGACUCAUCAGUUCCAAGCGUCGUCGAUAUCUCAACAGCAGUACUCGCAAACCAUGCAAUAUCAACCGUUCAAACCAUCCGAACCUGCUCCAGCUCCUAUGCAAGCUCCACAACCGACCUUCACUCCAGCUCCUCAACCUGUCCUACAGCCACCAAAACCUUUCAUCCCGGCUCCAGCUCCGCAGCCCGUCCAACAACCGAAGCCCUUCGUCCCAGCACCAGCUCCUCAACCGAAGUUCGUCCCGGCUCCCGCUCCACCGGCAGCGAAGUUCACUCCAGCUGCACUUCCACAACAACCACAACCGCCUCCGGUUCAACACUCGCUCGCUUCUACUCAAGCCGCCGUACCGUUCCUCUCUGGACCAUCCUACAAUCAAACUCCUCAGCCGUUCAAGCCACUCCCUCCACCUUCCAUCACUCCAACCCAACAGAACUACUCCUCGACGCCGCUCGACUUCCAGCCAAUCCCGACGACCUUCGUUCCAGCUCCUGCACAAACCUUCGUUCCUGCUCCGGCUCCGGAACCCUUCGUUCCAGCUCCGACCUUCGUUCCAGCUCCCGAACCCUUCGUACCAGCUCCGCUUCCUGCACAAACCUAUGCUCCAGCUCCCGUUCCGCAACCGAUCGUUUAUCCAGAACCCCAACAACCCGUCCAGUUUCCUCCAACCCAAUUCAUCGACUUCUCCCAACAACAACAACAAUUCAUCCAGCAACAGCAGCAGGAGGAAAUCUACAAGAAAAAAUCCGUCAAGGAAACAAAGCAACUGUUCGAGCAAACGAUCCGCCAGCAGGAGGCCCUCGACCUAAAAGCCCCCCGUCUCGUUCAACAACUACCCUACUCCCCGACGAAAGCCCCGCUCACUCUGCCGGCCGACUUUGGCUACACCCCGGCCGAGAUCGGGCUCGAGCCGGGACCGCAGCCGACGAUGGGUUACGCUCCGAAGCACUCGAACGAACGCAAGAGCUCCUACUAUCGUGAGAAGAUCGAACAGUCGCUGUUCGAGAGCAUGGAUAAAGUGCCGGAACGUGUUCCGGCCGGUGGUGUCAAGAUUAUCCCGCCCAGUCCGCGCAAAAAGCCGCCACCUUCGGCGGCGACGGGACAGUCGGAUACCGCCGGGAUGACUCCUGCUUCGUUCGAGCCGGCACCGGAAGCAAAGGCUAGUACCGUCGGAGCUAAGAGCCCGUUCACGGCGACCGAGAGUGAGUACGAGAGCGACAUGGACGUGAAUCGGAAGAUGAACGGAGUCAGCGGCUAUCUGGCCGACACCGAGGAGGUCCAGAAGACGGUUUCCUUCAGCGAGCAGAAGAUCGAAAGCUUCAGCAGCAGCAGCAAAAUGGAGCAAAGUGUUGUGGUCAGCUCAUCAACCGCUUCCACGCAGGAACAGAAAAUCGAAUCGUUCGAGUCGUCGACAUCAGCAACGGUGGAAAAGGUUGAGGACGCCAGCAAAUCGGCCGUGACCGACGAACCCGCUCAACCGCCAGCUCAACAGGCGGAGCAAAUCACCGCCGCCACCACCACCACCAGCGUCGUCACCGAAGAGGCUAGCAAGGAAUCUGUUACAACUACUGAGGAGGGAGUUAAGAACUUCCUGGUGAACAAUGACCUACCGGAAGAUUUGCAACCUGUUAAGGUGCUACCGACGGAGGAGCCGCUGCCGACACUGAAGAAGGUUCCAGUUCCGGCUGCUGUUCUACCGGAACCACAACCCGAGCCUGUCCCAGCACCUGUCAUCAUCCCGGAACCGACUGUAGCACCCGCUCCAAUCGUCGAACUUCCGGCACCGGUGGUUCAAGCACCAGCACAACAGAAUGGCUAUCCAUCGGCUAGUGACUACGAGAGUGACUUCGAGAAAAAGGUCAAACCAGUGUGGCAACCAACCGAGCAACAGUCAUACAAACCGGUCCAUCCGGUGUUUAACCCACCGAAACCGCACGAAACCGGACCAGCUGCACCACCGCCAUCAGUAUUUGAUCCGAUCGACAAAAUUAAACCGACAAUUCAAGCUCCCAUACUGAGUGAAACACCCAAAAUCGAAAAACCGACUCCCAUCAGCUACACCCAAAGUCAGACAACGCAGCAGUCCUUCCAGGAGCAAAAGAGCACGACCUUCCAGUCCUAUCAACAACAGCAAAGCUAUCAACAAUAUCAGUCACAACAAUAUCAACAGCAGCAGCAAUCGUUCCCACCGGUAGAACCCGCACCGGCUCUGUACUACACCUCGAUCACGGGAGAACCAGUUCAUAAUGCGAUCGCAACGGAAACAUCCAACACUCUGCACAUGAAAGAAACGACCGAAAGCAGCAACCGGGUGGUGAACAUGUCCCAGACGCAGCGCGUUGUCAAUCUGGAGUCCGCCAAUCAAUACCUACAGCAACCCACAUCGACCAGCUUCAUGCAGAGACCGGGCCGCUUCACUCCGGGCGAGUACCGCGACAGCGAUCACGAAUACGAUGGAACCCGCAUCCGUCCUCUGUGGACGCCAAAUCCUUCGGAUAGCGAUGAACCACACUAUCGAAGCGUCCGGCCGAACUUCAAACAACCCCGGUCGGCCAGCGUGCCCCGAUCGGCCGAACGAAUCCAAACUCCGAUGGAAUUCGACACCGGCCCAGUGCUGAUGCCGUCCAGAAUCGAUCUCACCAGUGUCAGCAGCUCUAAUCAACAGCAAACGAUGACCAGCAGCGAAUCGGUGGAAGUUCUGCAGACCCAAACGCUCGAUCGUCAAUUCACCUCCAAGCGCCUGGCGACUUCGCACGUGUCCAAUCUGCGUGACGAUAUGGCUGUGAAAGCGCACCGUGUUGCACCGGUCACCUACUUCCAGAAGGCGGCCAAUCAGGCGGAAAGUAUGUCGCAGUCCUUCAAGACCAAGGCGUAUCAUUUCGCCAACGAAGUGAUGACCGACAUGCGCAAAACACCGAUCAAACCAAUCCUGAAGAACGCCUUCGGUCACCAGGUUCCGGUAGCACCGCCACCGGCCGCCGCCACCCCGGCCAGCAACGCCCAAGCCUACCGAGAGGAAUCCAGGGUGUCCCAAUACGGCACCAAACAUGUCGAUCCGGACACCGGAAUCAUCUACUUCAAGUACGAUUUCGGGUACGAGUUCGGCAUAAUCUUCCCGGGCGAGGGCCAUCGGAUUGCCGUCGGUGGCGGCACCGGCAGCAACGCCUCAACCGCAGCCCCGCUGCAGCCGGCGAAACCGAAACAUCCGCGCUAUCUGAGCCCGACCCCGUUCGGGUCGUACGGUGUGCAAUCGCUGGAGGUCCCCGUAAUACACGAACGCACCAAGGACUACUACCGGAACUGCUCCACCAGUCCGGUGCCGGCGCACCAGUUCCGCCGGUCGGCUUCCGUUCCGGCGAGCGAUCUGCACGCCAGCCGCUACCAGCAGCGGUACAGUUACCCGGCCGGAAGCGGCAGCGGACGGUCGACUCCUCGCAUCGGAAGCUACCGGACGUCUUCCCGCUGCACCACACCAGACCAAACUUCCGCACAAGGUUUCAACCGUUCCUCAACAAGCACACCGAAACACCCCCAGCAGGAACCAGCCGUCGCCACCAAGCAGCCGUUGUUCGUAGCUCCCCUAAAGGACAUUGCCGUCGUCAGCGGUCAGCCGGCGCGUUUCGAGUGCAUCGUAGCGUGCGAUGCUACACCAUCGAUUCGCUGGAUCAAGAACAACGUGCCGAUCGACGAAACCGGCCAGAAGUACUAUCCGGAGUACCGGAACGGUGUCUGCCGUUUGUCGCUUCCAGUUGCCUUCGAAGAGUUUAACCGACACGCGUCCUACCACAGCCACAAGGAGCUACGGCCGCGGGUUAACACACCGGAACGACUGGAUUACAACGGAUUUCAAGAACACCAGCAGCCGGAGCAACAACGUCACGAACGCACAACCUAUCGAUCGAUUUGCCUGAUUCAGACCUCGGAAGUGCAACAACAGCAACAGCAUGUCGGCGGCUACAUUCAGCAACCGUCGACACCGGCUGUCACAUCAGCCCCGCAGACGCCGUCCGGCCAGCUGUACCAGCAGCCAAGCUACCUGGUGCAGUCACCGGGCGGCAUCCCUGCCGACGCAUCGCCCCCGGUGUUCGAGCAAAUCUUCAAAAACUCCCGCUUCGCCCAAGGUGGCAAUGCACUGUUUGAGGGUAAACUCAAGGGUAACCCCAAGCCAGAGGUUUCCUGGACUCGAAAAGGCGCACCACUUCUCGAUUCCACGAAGCACAGGCUCAGCUACAACCCAGCCACCGGCGCGGUCUCGCUGAUGAUCAACCAAAUUGGUCCCGGCGACGAGGGAGAGUACACCUGCAAGGCUCGGAAUGCCGUCGGUGAAGCGAUCUGCUCCGUAUUUAUUCAGCCCGAAGGCAUGCCUGCUCCACAGUUCCAGCAGGUCAAACGUGAACAACAGCAACAACAACAGAUCAUUCAACAGAAACAGGUUACCACUCAACAACAAUACACGAACGGUUACUCACACAUCGAAGAAGAAUUCAAAGUCGACACCUUUGAGUAUCGGUUGCUGCGGGAAGUUUCCUUCCGUGAAUCGAUCACCCGUCGUUAUGCCGGCGAAACAGACGCUCAACUGAUCACUACUGUCGAUCGUGCUCUUGGUCCACCUGCACCGCCGCAGAUCAGUCAGAAGCCAAGAAACUCCAAACUAGUCGAAGGAUCGGAUGCCGUUUUCAGCACCAGAGUUAGCGCCAAUCCAAGACCAAGACUGAGCUGGUUCAAGGACGGUCAACGCAUCAUCCCGUCCGCCGAAAAGUACGAUAUCAGCUACUCGAGCCAGCAGGCUACACUACGCAUCAAACAAGCUAACUCAAAAGAUUCUGGUCACUACACACUGCUAGCGGAGAAUCCACAAGGCUGUCAGGUCUCGUCGGCUAUCCUGGCCAUCGAACCUGCCCACGAACAAGUAACCGUAGAGAGAAACAGUCAUGAAAUCAUCGAAACUACAGAGACGGCUAAAGCACUGACACCGGCAUUUGUCACAUUGAUUCAGGAUCAGGAAACAACUGAAGGCAAGAUGGCUCGCUUCGAUUGCCGUGUCACCGGUCGUCCCUAUCCGGAGGUUGCCUGGUAUAUUAAUGGAAAACUCGUCACCGACGAUGCUACACAUAAAAUUCUGGUUAAUGAAGCUGGUAAUCAUUCGUUGAUGAUCACCAGCACUAACCGGUACGAUCACGGCAUCGUAACCUGCGUUGCCCGCAACAAGAGCGGAGAAAUUGCUGCCCAAGCCAAACUAGUCGUCUGCGAGCGUGAACAGGUCGUUGCGCCGAAAUUUAUCGAACGUUUUACCACUGUCAACGUGAAGGAGGGCGAACCAGUUCGUCUGUUUGCACGCGCCAUCGGUACUCCGAUUCCGCGUAUCACCUGGCAAAAGGACGGAGUCCCGCUGCUCGCGGGACCGGACGUGCAAAUCCUUUGGGACGACAAUGGUUCCACCACCGUUGACAUCCCACGAGCGAAGACGUCGGACGCUGCCUGGUACCAGUGUACCGCCCAGAAUGUGGCCGGUACCACCGCUACCCGUGCUCGUCUCUUCGUCGAAACUCCGAAGGGACCAGCGCCGGAACAGCGUCGCCUCAAUCUACCGCGGCCGACGAAGGUCAUUCAGCCUGAACCUGCUCCGGAACCGGAAAUCAUUUUCUUGCGUCACGUUGAGCGUGCCGCUCCGCAUCUCCCGGCGAAGGAGGAAGACCGUGUCUAUCCACCGCCAAAGUUCACAAUUCCGUUGAACGAUGUCGCUCAGGUUGAGGGCGGUAAAGUACACUUCGAAGCCCGCAUCGAACCCGUGUCUGAUCCGACGAUGCACGUCCAGUGGUUCAUCAAUGGAAACUUGAUUCAAGCAAGUUCUCGUGCCAACACAACGUUCCAGUUCGGUUUCGUUGCACUGGACCUGUUGAGCAUCGUCCUGGAGGACAGCGGCGAGUACACGUGCCGUGUAUCCAGCUCGACCGGAGUGGCCGAAUCUCGUGCCAUGCUAAGCGUACAGCCCAGACCGCCGAUCGAGCAGCAAUCCCAGCACCCGUCUGCCCUGGAGCAGAUGCAGAACCUCGAGGACUACAGCAAAUACGUCCGUACUGAGAGUAUCGAAGAAGUAAUCAACCAGAAGCCAGCCUUCACUCGCCCACUGCAAGAUUUGGGCCAGCUUGAGGAGGGAAGAAACGCUCAUUUUGAGGCUCAGAUUACCCCGGUGAGCGAUCCAACAAUGAGAGUCGAAUGGUACAAGGAUGGUCGCCCGAUUACGGCCAGCUCCAGAAUUACCGCCAUCUUCAACUUCGGCUACGUCUCCCUGAACAUUAUGCACCUACGAGCUGAAGAUGCCGGUACCUACACCGUGCGAGCCGUAAACCAUAUCGGAGAAGCAAUCAGCACCUCUCAGAUUACGGUCAUCAGCAAGGCUGCCGUUACCGGAGAUUUGGGCAUCGCUGAGCAGCAGAACUAUAUCCAGAAGGUUGAACAACUGGAGCAGUAUCAGAAGUAUCAGAACAUGAAGUUCUAUGAGGAAACUCCGGAGAGUACCCAACGUCCGGAGUUCAAGGCUCCAAUCACCGAUCAGCUCAAUAUUCGUGAAGGAGGUUUUGCUCACUUUGAAGGACGUUUAGAACCGGUGAGCGAUCCGACUCUUCGUGUCGAAUGGUUGAAGGACGGUCAUCCGAUCGAAGCCAGCUCCCGUAUUACCACUUUCUGCAACUUCGGUUAUGUAGCCCUGACCAUCAAACAGGUUACAAUCCACGAUGUUGGUUACUAUACCUGCCGUGCGUACAACUCCCUCGGCGAAGCUCACGUCAGUGGAAAGUUGACCGUCGUAACCCGACAGGAUAUUAUCGUCGAUUCUCAAACUAGCCACAUGGGCAUGGAGAAGAUUCAGUACUUGGAAGAUUCGUCCCGUUACACUCGUUCGACCCAGGAAGAACAGCAAGUCAUUUCGACACCGCCACGAUUCCUGGGACCACUAAAGGCCACCAACAAGAUCGUAGAAGGCCAGCGCGCUCACUUUGAAGCUCGUCUGGAACCCCAGUCCGACUUGACCAUGCGCGUCGAAUGGUACCACAAUGGUCGUCCGGUUAUGACUGCUAACCGCAUUCAAACCUACCACGAUUUCGGUUAUGUAGCUAUGGAUAUCCUGGACGUUCGCGGUGAAGACUCCGGAACGUACACUCUGGUCGCCACCAACAGCGCUGGUCAGGCUCAACUGGAUACGCAAAUGAUCGUUGAAACUCGUUCAGCAAUCGAUACGACCAGCAUGCAUCACGUCGUCGAACGCACCCAGCAAAAGCAGGAAACCCAAUUCGUUGAGCCACAGUAUCACAUCGAAGAACUGUGCAAGUCAAAGCCCAUCUUCACUCAACCUCUCUCAGAUCCACAACCGAUUGGCGAAGGCCGAAACAUUCACCUGGAAUGCAAGCUGGAACCCCUGGGAGAUCCAACGAUGCGCGUGGAAUGGUUCCAAAAUGGUCGUCCAAUCACCGUUGGAUCCCGCUUCAAAACAUAUUACGACUUCGGAUUCGUCGCCUUGGACAUUCUACAUUGUACCGCUCUGGAUUCCGGAGAGUACACCGUGCGUGCCACAAACCAGCUAGGAAGCUCUCACACUUCCGCUUGCGUUCGCGUGAUCACCCGAUCGGACAUCAUUACCGAUUCGCAGAGCGAAAUGACUGCGGAGCAGUUGCAGUACCUAGAUGACGCUUCGCGUAUGCGUCGUGAUGUUCUGGAAGAUAUCACCGUUAUGUCGCCACCGCAGUUCGUACGUCCACUGCACAACAUUGAGACCUACGAGGGAACCAACAUUCACCUGGAGUGUCGUCUGCAACCCGUCGGUGAUCCUUCGAUGCGAGUCGAUUGGUUCGUCAACGGACAUCCCGUCAAGGUUGGCCAUCGUUUCCGUCCGGCCUACGAGUUCGAUUAUGUUGCACUGGACUUGCUCGGAGUUUACGCCGUCGAUUCGGGUGUCUACACUUGCCAGGCUCGUAACUCGCUUGGUGAAGCUGUAACCUCCUGCUCGGUCCGAAUUGUCGCCAAGAAAGAUCUGAUUCUGGAAACCCAAUACCCAGCUGGUCUAGAGAAGCUGCAAUAUCUGGAGGAUAUUUCGCGCUACCGUAAGACCGAGUUCGUGGAUGAGAUUGUCAAUGUGAAGCCACGCUUCGUAACCCGCCCGAAGAACAUCGAUCGUGCUCAGGAGGGUGGUCACGCUCACUUCGAGUGCAAGCUGGAACCGGUUACGGAUCCCAAUCUUAAGGUUGAAUGGUACAAGAAUGGUCACCCCAUUACCGUUGGACAUCGUUUCCGUCCGAUCCACGACUUCGGUUAUGUCGCAUUGGAUAUCAUUGAUCUGAUCGCCGAGGACUCGGGUACGUAUAUGUGUCGUGCCGUGAACUUGGUUGGAGUCGACGAAGUCGCCGUUCAACUGAUGUGUCGUGGUUCGCAGCAAAUUUUAACCUGCACCCAGAAUGAACUAGGUCUGGAACAAAUCCAAUAUCUGGAAGAGAAGGCCAAACAUCACCGCGCUGAUUAUGGUGAUGAACUUCCAUCGCAGGCACCGACUUUCACGACUUCGUUGAAACAUAUUGAGAUCAAGGAAGGUCAACGUGCUCACUUCGAGUGUCGGUUGAUUCCGGUUUCGGACUCAACGCUUCGCGUUGAAUGGUAUCAUAAUGAAGCUCCUGUUAAGUCCGGCUCUCGCUUCACCGAAACGAACAACUUUGGUUUCGUAGCCCUGGAUAUUAUGGGUUGUUUGGCUGAAGAUUCCGGUACCUACACUUGCCGUGCUGUAAAUGCUCUUGGUGAAGCCGUCACCUCUGCUACUUGCGUAGUACAUACUCGUAAGAGCAUCUACUCUGAGUCGCAACACGAGCACGCUCUCUCAAGUCUUCGUUAUUUGGAGGACAACUCUCGCUACCAACGAGACACGGAGGUCGAUGAAAUUAUUACUCAGGCUCCGGUAUUCACCAUGCCGGUGAAGGACGUCAAGGUUGCCGAGAACCAGGCCGUACACUUUGAAGCUCGCUUGGUCCCAGUUGGUGACCCGAAGAUGCGUGUCGAAUGGUUGAGAAACGGAGUUGCAAUCGAAGCAUCCAACCGCAUCACUACCAUGCACGAUUUCGGUUACGUCGCACUGAAUAUGAAGUACGUGAAUCCGGAGGAUUCAGGAACCUACACGUGCCGUGCCACCAAUGAUCUUGGACAAGCCGUGACCUCAGCUAAGCUGAUGGUUCAAUCGAAGGCAGCCCUUGAUUUGGAAACUCAAAACGAAAGUGCCUUGGAGAAAAUUCAUCAACUGGAAGACGCUGUCCGUUACUCAAGAAAAGAAGAGGAAGAAUUCGUAGUCACGCAGAAGCCCAAGUUCACCACAAAGCUUCACGGACCUACCAACUUGGUUGAGCAGCAAAGUGCCCACUACGAGUGUCGCAUCGAACCUUACCCGGAUCCAAGCCUAAAGGUCGAAUGGUUCCACAAUGGUCAACCGCUGACUACUGGCCAUCGAUUCCGAACUACCUACGACUUCGGAUUCGCCGCUCUGGACGUGCUGACAGUCUACGCCGAAGACUCCGGCGAGUACACGUGCCGUGCCACAAACCACCUGGGUUCGGACACCUCUUCCAUCAAAUUGACCGUUCAAUCCCGUUCCGGUAUCGUUCGUGACACCCAGCACGAGGGUGCCCUGGAAAAGAUCCAAUAUCUGGAAUGCGACGCCCGCUACGGACGUAAGGCCGACGAGGAACAUUUCGUCGCCGAAAAGCCGCAGUUUGGUCGUCCGUUGAAGAAUGCCAGUGUCGCCGAAGGACUACCGGUCCACUUGGAAGCUACCCUAACGCCGGUUAACGAUCCAACCAUGAAGGUCGAAUGGUACUGCAAUGGCCGUCCGAUCCAGCAAGGUCAUCGGUUCAAAACAACGUACGACUUUGGUUUCGUAGCUCUCGAUAUUCUGUAUGCCCACGCUGAGGACACUGGUACCUACAUGUGUAAGGCAAAGAACGCCGUUGGAGAGGCCGUCACGACUUGCGCUGUUAAAGUCACAGCAAAUGCUGGAUUAUAUUUGGAGACUUUGGAUGAGCAGCGUUUGCAGAAGAUUAAGGAGUUGGAGAGCUACCAGAAACCGCAAACUCCGGAGGUUGAACCAGCCAAGCAGAAGCCGGUGUUCCUGACGCCGUUGACCAGUCUGGAAAACCUCAAAGAAGGCGACUACGCUCACCUGGAGUGUCGCGUUGAACCGAUCAACGAUCCGAACUUAAAGAUUGAGUGGUUCAUCAACGGAAAGUCGAUUCGAGCCGGUCAUCGUUUCCGUACGACUCACGACUUUGGUUACGUCGCUCUGGAUAUUUUGUACGUUUAUGGAGAGGACAGCGGUACUUACAUGUGCAAGGCCACCAAUCUGGUCGGUGAAGCCGUCAGUACCUGCAAUAUUCGUGUUGUCAACAAGCGCAGCAUCAUUUUCGACUCUCAGCACCCCGAUGGUCUGGAGAAGAUUCAGAAACUGGAAGCCCAAGUUCGUCCGUCCCGUUUGGACCUCGAAGAACCGGAAACCAUUGCUCCGCGCUUUGUCACUGAGCUUCGUGGUACCACAGAAAUUCACGAAGGACAAACCGCUCACUUUGAAGCUCAAGUUGAACCUAUCCAUGAUCCGAAUCUCCGCAUCGAAUUCUACCACAACGGUAAACCCCUGCAGUCGGCGGCACGGUUCCACAUUACCUUCGACUUCGGAUAUGUCGCACUGGAUAUUCAGCACGUCGUCGCCGAAGAUGCUGGAGAGUACACCGUCAAAGCCAUCAACGCCAAGGGCCAGUGCAAGUCGUCCAUCAAAAUGCAGGUCACCGCCAAGGGAGCGAUCAUUACGGACACUCAGCAUCCAGAAGGUUUGGAUAAAAUCAAACAACUGGAAGGAGCUGCUCCAUUCAGACGGCCAGAGAUUCAGGACGCCGUCACUAAGCAGCGACCUGUAUUUACGCAACCUUUGCAGAACAUCGACUUCGUUGCCGAAGGACAAACCGCUCACUUCGAGUGCCGCUUGAUCCCCGUUGGAGAUCCAAACCUUAAAGUCGAAUGGUACCGCAACGAGAAACCCUUGGAAGACAGCUCGCGCAUUACGAAACAGCACGACUUCGGCUUCGUAUCGAUGGAUCUUUCACACGUUCGCGAAGAAGACGAGGGAGUCUAUAUGUGCCGCGCUAUCAAUCCACUCGGUGAAGCCGUCACUACGGCUUCGAUGAGAGUCCGAACCAAGGCAAGCAUCCAAAUGGACACUCAGCAUCCGGAGGGUAUGCGAAAGAUCAUUCAGCUUGAACAACCACAUGCUCCGCGUCCAGAAGAACAAGAACCAGGAUUCGAAAAACCGAUCUUCACUCAACUGUUGACCGGUCCUGCGGAACUGUGGGAAGGCCAGCACGCUCACUUCGAAGCACGUGUUGUUCCGGUUGGCGAUGCCAGCAUGAAGUACGAAUGGUACGUCAAUGGAGUUGAACUCAAGCUUGGAUCACGUUUCCGUACGACACACGAUUUCGGAUUCGUUACUUUGGACAUUAAUUCGGCCGUUGCCGAGGACUCCGGAGUCUACAUGUGCAAGGCAAUCAACAAAGCUGGCGAAGCAGUUUCUUCAACGAUGAUGAAAGUCAAAUCCAAGUCAUCGAUCGCUGGAGAACCUUUGUUGCCUGAUGCAUGGGAGAAGAUUCAACUCAAGGAAGCUGCCAUGAAUAGGGUUCCGGAUAUGUUCGUCGAUACCACUCCACAACAAGCUCCCGUUUUCACUACUCAUCUGGAAAGCCACGAGAAACUCCAGGAAGGACAGCAUGUCUAUCUGGAAGCUCAAGUUGAACCACGAGCCGAUCCCAAUCUUAGAAUUGAAUGGUUCAAAAAUGGCAUGUCCAUCACGACUGGAGCUAGAAUCCGUAGCACCUUCGAUUUUGGUCUUGUCACUCUCUCGAUCAACGGACUGCGUGCGGACGAUUCAGCUAUCUACACUUGCAAGGCUACUAACAAUUACGGUGAGGCGGUUUCGACUGCAACUCUGAAGAUUGAAGGUAGCCACUGGUUGUUGGGAGAUACGCUACAUCCGGCGUCCAUUCCGAAGAUCAGUGAUCUGGAAGCUCCACGCGUUGGUCACAAGGACGCAGCGGAACCACAAUUCGAAUCACCGGUGUACGUCACUCAUCUCAAUAAUGUCGAAUGCAAGGAAGGUGACAAUGUACACUUCGCAUGCAACGUAGAACCCUCAAAGGAUCCAACCAUGCAGAUCGAAUGGUUCGUCAACGGCAAACCCCUACCAACUGGAGCUCGCUUUAAGACCACCUACGAUUUUGGAUUCGUCUCCUUGGACAUCUCUGGAGCUUAUGAGGAAGACUCCGGAAUCUACACGUGCAAAGCAACCAACAACAAGGGAUCCGCUUCAACGUCCGGUUCGUUGAGAUGCACCAGCACGAAAACCAUGUUCUUGGACACUCAACAUCCACAGGGUAAAGCUGGAUUGGAAGCCGUGGAAGGUACGGAAGCUGCUCUGGCCAAUCGCUACCGACGCCAGGAAUCGAAACCGGAAGCUGCCUACCCGAAACCGAAAUGGGUCGUUGAGCUGCAAUCCGAGUUCCGUCUCAACGAGGCCGAGAGCCUCCACCUGGAAGGACAGGUCGAACCCAAGGAUGAUCCGAACCUCAAAAUCGAAUGGUACUUCAACGGUAAGGUGCUGGCGCAUGGAUCACGUUUCAAGAUGACCAGCGAUUUCGGCUUUGUCACGCUGGAUCUGACCGAGGUUUACGAACGCGAUCAGGGCAUUUACACUUGCAAAGCGUUCAACCAAUCCGGGGAAGCAUUCACCUCUUCGACGAUCUAUUGCGUCACGAAGGAAAGCCUAAUCGAGCGUACCCAGCAUCCAAAGGGUACGGAAGGCUUAGAGAAGAUUCAAGAUCUGGAGGAAUCCCUUCGCCGACAAGCCGCUGGAGAGGCGGAAGCCGAAGCAGGCCAUGCACCGCGUUUCACGUCCGAAUUUGUUGCCGUUACCAAUAUUGGUGAAGGUGAGAUUGCUCACUUCGAUGCUACUCUGAUCCCAACCGGUGAUCAGAGCAUGGUUAUCGAGUGGUUCUAUAAUGGUAAACAGCUGGAGGCUAGUCAUCGGGUUCGUACCGUGUAUGCCUUUGGCAUGGUUGUUCUAGAGAUUUUGGGUACCAAGAUUGAGGACUCUGGAAGUUAUAGUUGCAAGGCUACCAAUAAGUGGGGAAGUGCCGAAAUUAGUGUCGAACUGGAGUGUGUUGAUAAAUCUGCCGGACAGAAGCCGCGCUUCACCACCCAGAUUCAGAACUUGGAAGGUUUGAAGGAUGGACAAUCCGCUCACUUCGAAUGUACUCUGGUUCCGGUUAACGAUCCGGAACUGAAGGUUGAGUGGUUCCACAACGGUAAGCCUCUGCGACACUCGAAUCGUAUCAAGCCGGUGUCCGAUUUUGGUUAUGUUCUGUUGGAUAUUGCCUACGUUCAGAGUCACGAUUCUGGAGAAUAUGUUUGCCGGGCGUCCAAUAAGUAUGGUGAGGAUACCACUCGUGCAACGUUGAAAUGCUACGGUAAGGGAGGAGUGUAUUUGGAAUCCCUGCAGCCUGAUUCGUUGGCUAGGAUUCGUGAGCUUGAGAGCCACGCUGGUAUGAAACCGACUGCCGCUGGAUCUCCGGUUGGCGAACCACCGAAGUUCAUCACCAAGAUCGCGGAUGUUACCAAACUGGUUGAGGGACAAAGUGCUCACUUCGAGGCCCGGUUGACUCCGAUUACCGAUCCGGAUUUAGUGGUUGAAUGGUACUGGAAUGGACAAAAGCUACCGCAUGGACAUCGCUAUCGUACGUUCCACGAUUUUGGAAUUGUUAUUUUGGAUAUUCUUUACUGCUAUGAGGAGAAUUCCGGAGAAUUUGAGUGUCGUGCUACCAAUAAGUAUGGAUCGGAUAGUACGAAGGCUACGUUGAAGUGUGUAUCGAAGGCGAACUUGAUUCUGGACUCGCAGUUGCCGCGUGGCAUGGAGGGUGGUUUGGAGAAGAUUCAGACGCUGGAGGAUUCGCUGGUACGUACUCGUGACGAGCGCGAGCGGGUUGAAGGUGGACGUGCUCCGGUGUUUACCGUUCCACUGUCGAACAUCGACAGCCUGCGAGAGGGAGAAAGUGCUCACUUCGAGGGUAAACUUACGCCGACCGACGAUCCCAAGCUCAAGGUCGAAUGGUUCUGGAACGGAAAACCACUCAAAACUGGUUCCCGAUUCCGAACCUUCUGCGACUUUGGUUUUGUUAUUCUGGAGAUCUCGCCAGUAUAUCCGGAAGAUUCCGGUGAGUAUUCGUGCCGUGCUACCAACGAAUACGGAGAAGCUGUUACCACGUCUACGAUGAAGGUACAAGGCAAGCGUAGUAUUAUUUUGGAGUCACAACUUCCGAAGGGUAUGGAAGGUACCAUCGAACGAAUCGCUGAGCUGGAGGGUCUUGGAAUUCCUCACGGAGGUCUCAGCCCGGAUGAUGAUUCUGGCAAACCACCAGAGUUCAUCACCACACCAUCAGACCAAACGCUCACGGAGAAUUCGCUAGCUCACUUCGAGUGUCGCUUGACCCCGAUCAACGAUCCGAGCAUGCGUGUCGAAUGGUACCACAACGGUAAAGCUUUGUGGGCCGGAUCUCGCAUCAAGACGAUCAACGAUUUCGGUUUCGUUAUUUUGGAAAUUGCUGGAUGCUACCAGCGGGACUCCGGUUUGUACACUUGCAAAGCUACCAACCGUCACGGCGAGGCUACUGUAUCCUGCAAGCUGACCGUCCGUGGCCGACAGGGUAUCAUCAUGGAACCUCAACUGCCCUCGAACUUCCGCACCGGAACGGAGAGCAUUCAGAAGCUGGAAGAGCAACUGCACAAGCGCGAGGAGCUUAUGGCCGAAGAAGACGAAGGCCGUCCACCGAAGUUUAUCGUCGAAAUCAAGGACAACGAUGACGUCCCAGAAGGUGGACCAGUCCACUUCGACUGUCGCGUCGAACCGGUUGGAGACUCGUCGAUGAGAAUCGAUUGGUACCACAAUGGAAAACCGUUCGCCACUGGAUCUCGUGUGCACAUGUUGAACGACUUCGGUUUCAUUGCCUUGGAUAUGGACUACGCCUAUGUGAGAGAUUCUGGAGUCUACGAGUGUCGUGCUACCAACAGGUGGGGAACGGCUUCUACCACAGCUAAAGUGACGGUUGUUUCUCGCGGUGGAAUCAUCUUAGAUUCACAACUUCCGGAGGGCAUGACUGCUUCGAAACUGAAGGAACUGGAACGUGGAAAGGUCACUCUGGCUACGCAGGAAGAGCGUACCUUUGGACCACCGAAGUUUGUGACCCAAAUCCAGUCCACCACCAUCGAUGAGGGUGAAACCGUCCGCUUUGAGUGCCGUGUUGAACCGAAGGAAGAUCCCCGGCUGCGUAUUGAAUGGUUCCGUAAUGGAAAACCGUUGCCAAGCGGUCAUCGGUAUCGAACCAUCUACGAUAUGGGCUUUGUAUCAUUGGAUAUUCUGUCGGUGUAUGUUGAGGAUGCUGGCGAUUACGUGUGCCGAGCUUUCAACGAGCACGGAGAGGAUGUUACCAAAGCGCACGUCAGCUGCAAGAAGCUGCCGUCGAUCGUGCUUCAGAACCAGAUUCCGAAGGGAAUGCAAAAGUCGGAAACCCUAAUGCAGAUGGAAGCCACCAUCAAGAAGUACACCGAAGAGAUCUUCCUCACCGAGGAUGAUCUGUUUGAUCCGGAUCGCAAACAGCCUCCUCGUUUCGUUACCCAGAUUAAGGAUCAGAUGAGUUUGACGGAAAUGCAAGCCACCAAGUUCGAGUGCCAGCUGGCCCCGGUCGGAGAUCCGAACAUGAAGGUCGAGUGGUUCUACAAUGGCAAACCAUUGCCGUACAAGAACCGCUUCACACCGAUCUACGACUUCGGCUACGUAGCGAUGAACUUCGCCUGGAUCUAUCCGGAGGAUAGCGGCGAGUAUCUGUGCCGUGCCACAAAUUUGUACGGCAUGGACGAGACUCGUGCCACCAUCAAGACCACCGGAAAGCCUGGAAUCAUUUAUGAUUCGCAGCUUCCGAAGGGCAUGAAGAGUAUCCAGAAGAUCCGCGAAAUGGAAGCAUUGUGGAACUUGAAUAUUCCGGAGGUGGUCGACGAAACUCAGAAGCCGAAAAAGGAACCAACGUUCGUCAGUCGCCCGGAAUCGAUCGAAGUCGAGGAAGGAGAAUGGGCUCGCUUCUGCUGCCGUGUCACUGGACACCCGAGGCCGAGAGUUAUGUGGCUUAUCAAUGGACACACUGUUGUCAAUGGACAACGCUACAAACUCACCUACGAUGGUAUGUACCACUUCGACAUCCCGAAGACCCGUCAGUACGACACCGGCAAGGUGGAAGUCAUUGCCCGUAGCUCCGUCGGCGAAUCGAUUGCUAGCUGUGAGCUGAAGAUCACUCCACGCCACGACGACUACCGUGGAGUGCUGAAGAACUCCCCGAGACCCUGGUAUGAUUACGAUCUGGUUGCCUAUCAAAAGAGUCGUCUCGAUACCGAUCUGGAGAUUACGCUGAAGGAAGAGACCAAGAAGAAAAAGAAGGGUCUCAAGAGUCAGCACCUGAAACCGAAGGAGAAGAAGGACGGCGAAACCGACUGGCAGAAAACUGUCAAGCAGAAGAAGAACGAGGAGUACUACAACAAGCUUGCCCAGGUCGAGAACGAACAGUUGGUCAAGGAGCAAAGACUCCGCGAAGAGAAGCACCAGUUCGCGAUCCCUGGCGAGAAGGUUGUGGGCCAGUCCCUGGCCAAGGGUAUGGCAUCUGCCUAUGAAGAAACUUUGGAAGAAUCCAAGGACGAGUCUUCGGAGAAGACCACCGUCGAAAGAAAGAAGAAGAUUCCCGAUCCGUUGGAAACAUCGGUUCAGGGUAAGGAAAUUCACGUUUCCCAGCAGAAGCAGACCCAAAAAGAAGUAUACGACGAUAAGGAGAUUAUCCGUAAGAUAACCGCAACGGAAACCACCGAGAUGGAACACAAGGGGACCACCCAGGAACGCAUCGUCGAGGGACCGGUCAAACCGGCCACUCCACCGGUGUUUACGAAAAAGAUUCAACCUUGUCGGGUGUUCGAAAACGAGCAAGCUCGUUUCGAUGUUGAGUUCGACGGUGAUCCAAUGCCCACAAUCAAGUGGUUCCGCGAGAACUUCCAAAUUAAUAACUCAUCGGACUUCCAAAUCCACACCUUUGGAACGAAGUCCGUGUUGAUUAUUCGUCAAGUCUUCGUAGAAGACUCCGCCGUAUUCGCAGUGAUUGCCGAAAACCGUGGAGGAACCGCCAAAUGCAGCGCCAACCUAGUCGUCGAGCAGCGUCGUCAGCAAGGCCGCGGAGGCGUAAUUCCACCCAGCUUUGUCAACACAAUCUCAGACACGGCUGUAACAGCCGGCCAACUGGCCCGUUUCGAUGCUAAAAUCUCCGGAACUAAACCACUGGACGUUUACUGGCUAAAGAACGGCCAGAAGAUCGCCCCCAACAUCAAGUACAAGAUCCUCGAAGAGGACAACAGCUACACCCUGCUGAUCAUCGAAGCCUACGCCGAGGACAGCGGAAAAUACGAAUGUGUUGCCAUCAACAGUGCCGGCGAGGCUCGCUGCGAUGCAAAUUGCAGCGUUGACACGCCACACACUCAGAUCAUCGAAAAACCGGCAACCCCCGGCACGGAACGUCCACCGAAUCUAGUGGAACCACUGAAGGACAAAACCGUUCCCGAGGGACAAUCGGUCGAAUUCCGCACGCGCGUCACCGGAAAGCCCAGCCCGAGCGCCCAGUGGUUCAAGGGCGACAAACAGAUCAAACCGUCCAAGUACUUCCAGAUGACGAAGGACCGUGACUACUUCACGCUCAUCAUCACGGAAGCCUUCCCGGAGGACGAGGGCGAGUAUCUGUGCAUCGUUUCGAAUGCCGGCGGCGAGGUGCAUACCACCGCCGGCCUGAAGGUGGUUACGCCCGGAAUGCAGGACGCCGUACCGAAGCUGACCGAGAUGAAGGACUGCCUCGUCGACGAGGGCGCACCGGCACAGUUCAAAACGCAAAUCCUCGGCAAACCGUCCAAGGUGACGGUACAGUGGCUGCGCGAAGGUCUGCUGAUUCCCGAAUCGCCCGAUUUUCAGAUGAUCACCGAGGGCUCCAACGCGGUCCUGCUGAUCGGAACGACGUACGAGGAGGAUUCCGGUCUGUUCACCUGCCGGGUGACGACGUCGGCCGGCCAGGCCGAAACGUCCGCCAAACUGAUAGUCAAAAGACGUCGCAAGCAACUGAAACAGGUCUACGCUACGGAUGGAACUUUGAUUCAACAACAAGACACGACCAAGCAAUUACAGUCCCAACAGCUAACACAACAGCAAGCGAACCAACUCUACCAGAAUGGUCAGUACGAUAGCAGCCAAGAAGAGUACGAUACAGAAUUCGUACCACAGGGCGACGAAAGUUUACCCUGGCGAAGGUCCCGCAGCAGCUCCCGAACGCCGGCAGCACCCUGGCGACGGCCAUCGCAAGAUCGCCGAACUUCCCAGGACCGCCGAACUUCCCGGGACCGAUCACUAUCGAUCGAUAAACGCGAAGAGGUCAAACCCUGGACCGAACAGGUAGUGAAACUGAAAAAGACCACCAAGGAAGUCAAAACAGUCGAAAAGGAAAAGUUAGAAACAGUACAGCUAAAACCAACGCAAAUUCAGAAGCCUAAAAUUCAGAAAGAACAAUUGGAAACGGUUGAAUUACGCUCUUUUAAGAAGGAACUACAAACAGCGGAAAUUACCGAGCAGAAAAUGGAAGAAAUGGUUGAGUCCAUCAUUAAGGAAGAUGAAACUGUGGCGAAGCUACGCCACGAGGAGGAUAUCUCCAUCCUGGAGAUGACCAAGCAGGUCGAUGAACUGAUUCGUAAGGAAACUAAAAAAUCAGUUUCCUGGCGACGUGGCAAAAAGCUUGAGGAAGAGCAAGUCAGCAAAGAGCAAUUUGUAGAAACCGACGAAAGCACCCUACUUAAGGUAGAUCGCACCGUACAAGACGAAACGAUCGAAAAAACGAAACAAGAGUUAGAACUCAAAGUCGACCAGCAAGAAGGCGUCGCUUGGCGGCGUGGAAAAAAGGCGCCUUUCACCGAAACGGAGGAUACAACGAUGCUGAAAGUGGAUCAAACCGAGGAACAGAAACAAACGGAAAUUCAACAGCAGGAACAACCCGUUCCUUGGGCGCGAGGCCCCAAAAAGCCUCAAAAGCAACAAGUGGCAGAAACGGAAGACACUUCUCGGCUUACCGUAGAACAGACCGAGGAACAGGAGCAAGUUCAACCAAUUGAAGAGCAACCGGUAGCAUGGAAGCGUGGACCAAAGAAACCCACGCAACCGGAACCUGUACCGCAGGAGCCGGAGAAGCCGGAAGAACCUCAACUACCGCCGUGGAUGCGCAAUAGGAAACCGGGACCAAAGCGGGAAAUUCCAAAGCCACCGGAACCCGAAAAGGUAGAGCAAAUCUCUCUAAAACCAACACCUCGGGCGAAGAAGGAGAUUCCCAAAGAAACGCUGGAGGAAGUAAGCUUGAAACCUGUACCUAAAAAGCCAGUCGUUGAAGAACUGCCAGCCGAAGAGGAAAUAGAGGUUAAAGAAGCAAAACCGAAAAAAUUGAAGAAACUCAAAGAACUCAGUCCCCGUGAGGAGCUUGAACAGGCGGAAAAAUAUGACUUUGAAGCACAAGAAAAAACAGUCCAACCAACGCCUGAACCGGCCCCUGCACCGGCGGAACCAGUUAAGGAAGCUGCUCCCGAACCCGAACAACCGGGAUGGCGUCGUGGACGUAAAGAAAAACCAGUCGAAGAAACUCCCGAAGAAAAGCAAUGGCCAACAGGCAAACGACGCCCACUUCCAACAGAACCAACGGAAGAAGUGGUUCUCAAACCAAUUCCUAAACCUCAAAAAGAGCAAGAGCCAACACCGGAGAAAAAAUUGGAAAUCAAACCCAAGCCGCUUCCUGAACUUCCCCCGGAAGAGGACAAAGACUUGGAUGUAAAGUUCAAACCAACUCCAGAAGUGCCAGUGGAACAGGUGGAAGAGGAACCAGAAAAACCCGUAGAAGAUGAUGAGUCUCAUCUUCCUCCAUGGAGACGUGGUAAAAAAGCGGCGCCCAAGCGGGAAAUUCCAAAGCCACCGGAGCCUGAAGUAGUUGAAAAGAUAACGCUCAAACCUACUCCUCGCCAAAAGAAGGAACUGCCGAAGGAGUCGUUGGAAGAAGUCACUCUGAAGCCAGUCCCGAAGAAGGCACAGGUCGACGAGGUUGUCCCCGAACCGAAAGAAUUGGGUGAAAUUAAACCAAAAGAAAAGCCACUGGAAUUUACUCCCAGAGAGGAACACGACCUAUUGGAACUUGAGACGGUUGACUUCGUCAAGCCACCGAAAGAACCGGAACUUCAGCAGGUGGAACCGGCAGUGGAAGAAAAACUGCCGGGGCAAGUAGCCGAAGUAGAACAACCAACCUGGAGACGAACCAAAAAGCCGAAACCGGUUCCGGAAGAACCGGAGGAAAAGCAGUGGCCAACAGGCAAAAGGCGCCCGCUGCCGACUGAACCGACCGAGGAGGUUGUUCUCAAACCAAUUCCCAAACCUCAGAAAGAGCAGGAACCAACACCAGAGAAGAAGUUGGAUAUUAAACCUAAGCCGCUUCCUGAACUUCCACCGGAUGAGGACAAAGACUUGGAUAUAAAGUUCAAACCAACUCCAGAAGCACCAGUAGAAAAGGUGGAAGAGGAACCAGAAAAACCUCAAGAAGAUGACGAGUCUCAUCUUCCCCCGUGGAGACGUGGCAAAAAGGCUGCUCCCAAACGUGAGAUUCCGAAACCCGCAGAGCCGGAGGUAGUUGAAAAGAUUACGCUUAAACCAACUCCUCGUCAAAAGAAGGAACUGCCGAAGGAAUCGCUGGAAGAAGUCACACUGAAACCAAUUCCCAAAAAGGCCGAGGUCGAGGAGGUUGUCACGGAGCCAAAAGAGUUAGCCGAAAUCAAACCAAAAGAAAAGCCACUAGAAUUUACUCCCAGAGAGGAACACGAGCUAAUGGAACUUGAGAAGGUUGACUACGUCAAGCAACCCAAAGAAGCGGAACUUCAGCAAGUGGAACCUACAGUGGAAGAAGCAGUACCAGAACAAGUAGCCGAAGUAGAACAACCAACCUGGAGACGUGCCAAGAAACCAAAGCCAGUUCCGGAAGAACCAGAGGAGAAGAAAUGGCCAACCGGAAAGAGGAGACCACUUCCGGAGGAACCAGUUGAAGAAAUUACACUGAAACCGAUUCCUAAAAAGGAAAAAGAACAAAUACCGGAGCCGGUAGAAACACUUGUUAUAAAACCGGUUCCUCUGCCAGAAGAGCCUGAAAAGCCUAUAGAACCAGAGCCGACGAUUGAACCCCCAGUGGAUGAUGAGUCACAUCUACCGCCAUGGCGGCGAGGCAAAAAGCCUGCGCCCAAACGCGAGCUUCCAAAACCACCAGAGUCGGAGACAGUAGAGCAAAUCAAAUUGAAACCCACUCCGAAGCAGAAGAAGGAGCUACCGAAAGAAGCUCUGGAGGAAGUUACCUUGAAACCCGUUCCCAAGGCAACUGAAGUUACUGAAAUACAGCCACUUGAACCAGAAGUCAUCGAAGUAAAGGAGGUAAUAAUCGCUAAACCGGCCAAACCAGUUAAAAAGAAAGAAGUUGAACCAUUAGAAAAGCCUGUUUACCCGGAUAUUCCGGAACCGGAACCGGUGGAGUUGGAGAAACCAGAACCUAUUCCCAAAGAGGAACCAAUCGUUGAACAAGAAGCACCAGAACAACCGACAUGGCGACGAGCAAAGAAACCGACCCCUGUUCCGGAAGACACUGAAGAAAAGAAAUGGCCAACCGGAAAGCGGCGUCCUCUUCCGGAGGAACCUAAAGAAGAGGUUGUCUUGAAGCCAAUUCCAAAACCACAAAAAGAGGUUGAACCAACCCCAAGCAAGGAUUUGGACAUUAAACCGAAACCAAUUCCCCCGAUAGAAGACACAAAGCCAGAACCAACUCCAUGGCGCAGGGGCAAAAAGGAGAAACCUGUCGAGCCCGAAGAAGAACCCAAAGAAUGGCCGAAAGGUAAACGACGUCCGUUGGAAGAAGCACCGAAAGAAGAAGUAACAUUGAAACCGAUUCCUAAGCCUGCAAAAGAACAGGAACCAAAGCCGGCCGAACCAGUCGAGUUGAAACCAUUGAAGACCACUCCCGCGGAACCGCCGGAAGAAAAGCCAGCACCAUGGCGCCGUGGUAAGAAGGAACCGAAACCAAAGGAACCGGAACCGGUCAUAGAAGAAAUCAAACUCAAACCAAUACCUAAACCGAAGAAAGUAGAAGAAGCUCCCAAGGAAGACGUCGUACUGAAGCCCGUGCCAAAGCAGGAAGCCAUCGUCGAAGAUGUGUCACCGGUUAUCGAGCUGAAACCGGUCGAGGACACAACCGUCCGGGAAGUGAAAGUCGAAACCGAGGAGCAAAUCGUCACCAAGAUCAAGCGACGGGUGAAGAAACCGAAGAAACCACACGAGCACUUCGCCACGGAGAGCGUUGCACCGAUGGAGGAAGCUGAGCUGUUCGAAGAAGACGAAGAGCUUCCUCACGUGGCGGAAACGAUUGCCGAGGUGGUUCCGGAGGAAGUGCUGGAGUUGAUACCGGAAGAAACUCCGCUGGAGAAACCCAAGAAGAGAAAGUCUAGAACCAAUAAGCAUGUGGUGUUCAGGGAGGAACUGAGCACGUAUGAAAUUACACCGGAGCAGGUUCAGGAGGAUGAAGAAGAAGACGAGGAAGAGGAAGAACAGGUAUUGCAGGAGGUUUCACAACGUAGCAUUAAACUGAAACAGAUGGAGAUUAAACCAGCGCCUGUUGAGCCUAUUGUUCCGGUGGAGGAGAUAAUUGAGGAACAUGCGGAGUUCCACAAGGAGAUGGAAGUGAAGAUUCAGUCCAAUAUUGUGAAGAAGGAAAAACGACGACGGUUCGUGGAUGAUAGUCAACCACUUCCGGAGCUGGAGAUUAUUACUCAGAAACGUGUUCAGGAUGUGACCGAUAAGGUGGCGGAGGAGAAUGUACGCGAAGAGCAACGAAUUGUCGAGAGUACUCAACAAACUAUUGCGGAAACUAAGAUUCAAGAGGAGAAGAUUAGGAUCAAGAAACCGAUGGUUAAGCCUCCAUACUUUAUCGAGAAGUUGCAACCACAGAUUUGCGAACCGAAUCAACCGGUGCGGCUGCAAUGUAAGGUGGAAGGAAUACCAUUCCCCGAUGUUCAGUGGUACUUCAAUGACACGGUAUUGUUCGCCAAUCCGGAAUAUGUGAUGAACAUAGUGGAAGAUGUGGCUAGUCUGGAAAUUGCAACAGUUAUGCCCUACCAUGUGGGUAUCUAUGCUUGCGAAGCUAAAAAUGUAGCAGGCGUUGCGGUCAGCAAGGCGAACAUCGUAGUUCAGGAGAAACCGGAAGUAGGAGAAGCUCCUACCUUUGUGUCUCCGAUGAAGAUCACGGUGGACGAGAAGAAAACUACGGCAGUCAUAACCUGUCAGGUGCACGGAAUUCCAACUCCAAAGGUGAGAUGGUUCAGAGAUGAAGAAGAGAUUGUGGAAAUUGAAGAAAUUGAAACCGUCUACGUGGAGGAGACCGGACACGUGAAGAUGACUGUUAGGAAGCCGAAGCAGAACGUACCCGUCAUCUACACGGUUGAAGCGGAGAACAAGUUUGGUAAGGCGGUUGGUAAAGCCAAUUUGUUCAUACAGUCAAUUAUGAUUCGCAAACCGAAGGAGGAAAUGAUUGCUCCGAAGAUUGUGGAACCACUCGAAGCGCAGAUUGUGCGAACAGGUUCAACGCUGGUGUUCGAGUGCCGUUUCACUGGAGUUCCCAAGCCAACUGUUAAGUGGUACCGAAACAGCAAGGAAAUCAUUGAGGAAGAGGAAAUUACCAUUGUUACCGAGGAAUACUACAGCAGAAUUGUAAUUAGAAACAUCACGAAGAAUCGAACAGGAAAGUACGAGAUCAUUGUUCGUAACGAAGCUGGAGAGGCCAAAUCAUCCGCUUCGGUGGCUAUCUCGGAUUCGUCUGAAAUGGAUGAAGCUAAGGCGCCACGCUUUGUUGAGCCUCUGAUUCCGAAGCUGGUUGCCGAGGCCGAAGUCUGCAUCUUGGAGGCUGUCGUCGAGUCCUAUCCGACGUCAACGUUCCAGUGGUUCCGUGAGGGCGCUGCCGUGAAAUCAACCAACGAAACACGCAUCAUAACGGACGAAAACAAAUCAAUCUUGAUUAUUGAAUCGUUCAAUAAGAGAGAUGUUGGUUCGUACACAUGCCGCGCCGAAAAUGUGGCCGGUUCUGUGACAUCGACUGCUACCGUUCAGGUGCUCGACUCGAUCGAAACCGAAGAAGUGACCGAAUAUAUAUCACCACGUUUUAUCGAAGCGAUAAAACCGACGCGUGUUAUGGACGGAGAGAAGCUUGUACUGGCAUGUCAGGUUCAGGCAGCGCCACUUCCCAAAGUUCUGUGGUACCACAACGAGCAGCAGAUUACCGAAACCAAGGACAAACACUUCCAACAGGACACCACCGGUCGCUGCGUGCUAACCAUCUCCGAGGUAUUCCCAGAGGACACAGGUGAGUAUACGUGCAUAGCAAGCAACAAAUUUGGCGAGGCGGUUUGCAAGACUACAGUGAACGUCGAACCGUUUGAAUACGUUCCCGAUUCGGAACAAUUCCGUAGCUCCGAGGAGGAUUUGUUGACCGACAAGUCUAUCUCAACAUUGGAGGAAUACGCCGAACCGGUUGAGUUCGCACCGCAAAUAGUGAAGGAACUUCCACGAGUUGUGAUGUCCCAGGAGCGGGAACUUACCAAACUUGAGGUGAAGGUCUUGUCACAGCCGAAGGCGCAGAUUCGCUGGCUCAAGGCCAACGAAGAAAUCAUUCCGUCCGACGAGUUCCAGAUCGAGAACUUCGACGACGGCACGUCGAUCCUGAUCAUCAACGACAUCUACCCGGACGAUUCCGGUACGAUUUCGUUCGAAGCACACAACGCCCUGGGAGUGGCCAUGACUACCACCGAGCUGGUAGUGGAAGAGAUCGUUGGAACCAAAGCCUACAGGAAACCGGAAUGGGUGCAGUACAUGGAAGAGAUGAAAGAAGCACUGCAAGAAACACCCGACAUCCGUGAAGACACCACCACGACAGUCACCACAGUCGCUAGCAAGAAAAAACACAAAAAAAUCAAAUCAGAAAAGCAGCAACAGAAAACACGCGAAGAAAUUACCGAAACCAUACAGACCGUAGAAGAUGAAAGCAUAGCCCUAGUGAAACAGAAAACACAAUUGCGUCCACUGAAGCCGCUGCUACCAAGUGAGGAGCAGAUGUUGGAUGAAAUGGCCCUUGAAUUUCUGCGAUCACCCACGCAAGAAACCUGUCAGCUUCCGGUGGGGAUUGCUGAAAUCUCCAACCUACCGUCGAUUCUUGCCACGGUUACCAAUCUGGAACCUACCGAACCGCAACGUUCCAGUGCGUCGGUUGACAUAGUCGCUCAGAAAUCGAUGGUUACCGAAGAAAUCCUCAUCUCCGAGCGUGAAACCGACACUGCGGUUCUCGAUAGUUCCAAAUUGUCUACAGUUCCCAAGUACAGUUUAAUAGGUCUUAACGAAUCGGUGCAAGUUUCCGAAGUUAUGGCGGAAGAAAUUCCUCGUGAAACCACCCAAGCGAAACCCAUAGCCCAACUAGCGAAAACCGAACUGAUUCCCACCCAACCCCUACAGAUUACUGAAUCUCUGACACACGACUCCACGACUGAUCUAUCCAUUCCUAGCGAUACACUUUCUAGCGCUAAGGUCAAACUGUCUACCCACGAUGCCAAAAUAAUUCAAGAAACCUACAGUUCUCAAUCCGAGGAGAGUCUCACUCUCCCACAGACUCCCCUAGCCAGCCGAGCGUAUGCUAACGUACUCUCGAAGGAAUCCGUUGAAGUUACCGAAAUUCACAAAGCCGAGAAGGAAGAAACGUUCGAUACUCAAAUGAAACUACCCUCGGUAGUACCCAAGUAUCAGUUCUUACCCUCUGAAUCCAUCCAAGCUAGUGAAACAAUAGCUGAAGAUCGUCCUAGCAAGUUCUACCCGGAGCUUGCAGUUCCGACGGAAACGGCCCGCAAAGUGUUUAUCGAACAGAAAUCCUACACUACUCAUGUGCUCAACGCUCCCGAAAAAGAAGACAUCUACGUGCCGGGUCGCUUGCCACCUCAACAGAAGGCCGAUGUUCUUCUGUACUCCACCGAACCACUCCAGAUAGCCGAACAACCCACCCACGAGCGCGAAUCCGAACUGGCCGCCGAACCAAAACCGGCCACAUACCAAGCGCUGGAUACUAUCACAACACUAGAAAGUCUGACAACCCAAACGGUCAAUGAAAAUCUCACCACUAAACCAUUCGAAACCGAUUCGUAUGAAAUGAAAACGGCUUCGGUCGACUUCCGCGAGCAGACCACCGUAUCGAUAUCCAAGGUUGUUAGCAACGAAACCGAAUCCGAGCUACCGGCCUUCGAGAUGGCAGCAGCUGCCAAAGCUCAGCCAUCGCUGACAACCCUUGCCAUCGGACAAUCGGAACUACCAUUCAUUCACGAAAAGGAAACACUGCACCAAGGGGCACCCGUUCCGAAUGAAGCCACCGCUGAAUCCACGCUGGAACCGAUGGAAAACAUUGCCAUCACUGAAAUCGAAACUGCAGACACAGCGGGACGCUUUUCACCGGAAGCCCCCGAACGUACCGAAACGGCCACUCCAGGUUUCACACUGCAACAAUCGCAUGCCGUCAGUUCGGUGCAGGCUAAUGAGAAAGAAUCCGUAUUCGAUGGUAAAAUUAUCCAGCAACCAGCGUUCGCUACGACUCAGCUCGAUACCCAACAACAGUUGGAGAUUACCACCCAUGAAAUCAGCGAACGAGAAUCCCUAUUCACGGCCCCGCAGAUGCCAGCGGAUCAAACCGCCAAAGCGACCCCCACCGAUAUGUUGAAAUCCGUGUUGAUCCAAGAAACCCUCCCGAAUGUCUCGGCAGCCGAUUUCGUCCACACGGAACCGAAGUCUUCCGCUGCCAUUAUCAAGACGAACGAAUUGGAGGAGAAGACCAUUUCGGAGACUACAGUCUACGAAGGCUUCCGACAGUACGAACAACCGGAGGUUGAACGUCGUACGGCCGAUACUUCUCUGCAAGCAAUCAACGAACUGGUAAUCACAGAAGUCGUUGCCGAACAGAAGGAACGCGAAGGUUUCGAUGUUCAAGAGAUUGCCAAAGACUACACGGCACAAACGGUUCCUACGCACACUCUAAAAUCUGUCCUAGUUCAGGAAACCCUAAUUUCCGACAGCGUAGAACAGGUCAAGGAAACGGCUCAACUAAGCUCACAAGCCAUCGUCAAAGACGACCGCUUCGACGAAACAAUCGUUCACGAAACUGUCGUCCUGGAAGGCACCGAGCAAUACAACACACCCGAAGCGCCCGCUCUAAAGUCUGUCGAAUCUACGUUGGAACCAGUAGAAAGCCUUCAAAUUACCGAAGUCAUACCCGAACUUAAGGAGCAGGAAGGCGUCAAAAUAACCGACGUAGUCAAAAACUACACCGCAACACCGACAGUACCUGAUGCACUGAAAUCGGUACUGAUAGAAGAGGUCCAGGUAGGAAACAUUACAGCCGAACUGAUCAAACCGGACGUUCCCACUUCAGCUGCCACAGUCAAAAGCGAUGAACUCGAACAGACAACUAUUUCUGAGCUACUCAUUCUGGAAACCCUCAACCAACUACCGCAACAGGUACAACCGGACCAGAAAACCGCUGAAGCCCUGCUAUCACCGAACCGGGAACUGACAAUCACCGAAGUCAUUACGGAGCAAAAGGAACGUGAAGGAUUCGACGUUUCGGAAAUCGCUAAAGACUACGUAGCGAAACAAGUCCCAUCGCAUCUGCUGAAAUCGGUCCUUGUCGAAACCACCGAAGCAACCGAUUCGAUUGGUGAUGUUACCAAACUGGAGAUGAACGAAUCCUGCGCACUGAUGAAAACCGAUCGUUUCGAGGAAAAGAUUAUCAGCGAAACGAUGAUCUACGAAGACAUAAAGCAGCAGGAACGACAAGAGUUCGACACCCGCCACGCCGAACCGACGCUGUUGCCCAUUUCCGAGCUGGUCGUAACCGAGGUGGUAGCCGAACAACGGGAGAAGGAAGGGUAUGACGUUAAGGAGAUUGCAAAAGAUCAUGUGAUCAAAGCAGUUGCAGGGCACACGUUGAAAACGGUGCUCGUCCAGGAGACGCUCGCUUCGGACGCCGUGGAUAAAAUCAUUGAAGAAGCUCCCCAAACUGUUUCCGCAACGAUGAAAGACGAUCAGUUGGAGCAGAAAGUGAUCUCUGAAACCAUGGUUUACGAAAAUCUUGAAAAAGCUCCUGAGGAGCUUAAACCAACCGAAAGACAAGCUUCCCAAGCGCUGCAACUGGUGAACGAGCUUCUCGUUACUCAAGUUACAUCAGAAGAGAAGGAGCGGGAAGGAUUUUCCGCUGCGGAAAUUGCGAAAGACUACGUGGCGAAACGAAUUCCAACGGACACUCUAAAAUCGGUCACAGUUGAAGAAGUCCUAACAACGGAAGAUUCUGAAACUUUGGAAAAGCACGAAACUUCCCUAGCAACAGCAGCUAUAAAAAGCGAUCAAAGCGAACAGACAACUGUCUCGGAAACGAUGAUCUACGAAGACAUCACCAGCUACGAUCAGGGUCCUAAGCCCGACGAGAAACUGGCGGAAAAAGUAAUCAUUCCAAUCACCGAGCUGGUCGUUACGGAAGUUAACGCAGAACAAAAGGAAAGAGAAGGUUAUAACAUCGCUGAACUUGCAAGGGAGAAUACAGCCAAGACGGUUCCAUCACACACGUUGAAAUCGGUUACGGUAGAGGAAGUUCUUCUCUCCGACAAUGUAGAUGAACUGAAGAAACCGAAAGAGCUUUCGUCGACGGCGGCAGUUAAGAGCGAAGAAUUCGAACAAACCAUUGUUUCCGAGACAACUAUCUACGAAGGUUCCGAACGCUUGCCUGAAGAAGAACAACCGAACCUGAAAACUGCUUCACCUUCGUAUCAACCAAACACGGAACUAAUUGUUACGGAAGUCGUUUCCGAGCAGAAGGAAAAAGAAGGAUACAGUGUGGAGGACAUUGCGAAAGAUCAUGUUGCCAAAACGGUUCCAUCGCACACACUAAAAUCGGUUACGGUCGAAGAAACACUGUCCUCCGAAAAUGUGGAUAGUCUCGUAAAGGAACAACCCACCACUUCGGCCGCCAUCUGUCGGGAUGAUAAACUGGACGAAACACAAGUACUGGAAACCAUAGCACUCGAAUCUGCGACGAAAUUCGUCGAAACGGUCCACUCCGAUCACAAAACGGCAGAUACGACCGUUACUCCAAUUCACGAACUUGUGGUAACGGAAGUAGUUGCCGAGCAGAAGGAAAAGGAAGGAUACAGCGUGGAAGAUAUCGCAAAGGAUUAUACAGCGAAGCUUACUUCGGAUACUUUGAAAUCCAUAACCGUGGAAGAGGUACAGCUAUCGGAUGUACUCGGAAAGCUGCUAGCUCCCAGCACGGAUUCAAAGACGGCCUCCGUUACCAAGGAAGAACUGGAGCAAACAACAACAUCAGAAACCUACAUCUUCGAAGGCAUUGGUCAGUACACCCAGGAGAAACCAACGGAAAAAUCGGCAAACCCCAACGUGGAAUCCAUGCGUGAAUUGGUAGUAACGGAAAUUGUAGCAGAACAAAAGGAAAAGGAAGGCUACGAUGUCAGGGAGAUUGCUAGCAACUACGUUGCCAAACAGGUUCCAUCGGAUACACUUCGUUCGAUUGUGGUCGAGCAAGUUCAACCGGCCGAUGUUGUUGCCGACAUUUCCAGCCUGGAAGCACAAACCACUCACGCAAAACCGAUUACUAGUGAAAUUGAACAGAAGAUCAUUUCCGAGACUGUGGUCUUGGAGAACAUUGAUGUGAUUUCCGAGCAAAUACAGCCAGAGCAAAAGUCGAUCGAAGUAACCCUGCAGCCCAACACUGAAGUAGUGGUCACCGAGGUGGUAGCCGAGCAGAAAGAGAAGGAAGGUUACAGUGUACAGGACAUUGCUAGCCAGUACGUUGCAAAAUCACUUCCAUCUCAUUCCCUAAAAUCUCUGAUCGUGGAGGAAGUCAUCAUAUCGAACACGACGGAGGAUGUUUUGUCCGAGCAGCGUAGCGUUUCGAUUGCUCAGGUUAGAAAGGACGAAUUUGAACAGACUACAGUGGCCCAGCAAACCAUUUUGGAACACUUUGAACCAUUCGAGAAAUCCGUUCUACCCGAACAGAAGGCGAUAGCUCCAUCAUUCGAGCCCAAGCAGGAGCUGGUGGUAACUGAAGUCGUCUCCGAGCAGAAGGAAACCGAAGGAUACAGCGUCGAAGAGAUAUCGAAGAACUACUCGGCCAAACAAGUGCCGUCGCACACGCUGAAAUCCAUAACCGUCGAAGAAGUUCAACCGGCUGACGCUGCCGGUGACAUACCUCAACCGGAAACAUUAACCAGCACAGCAAAUGUACGAAAGAAUGAGUUCGAGCAGACUACAGUUUCCGAGACUAUGGUUUACGAAGAACUGGGCAGACCGUCGGAGAGGGUCGUCCCGGAAGAGAAACGAGCAGAUAGUUCACUACAGCCGAACACCGAACUGGUAGUGACCGAAGUGGUUGCAGCCCAAAGAGAACGCGAAGGCUUCGAUGUAAAGGAUAUUGCAAAAGACUUCGCUGCAAAACCUGUUACGGAAGGACUGAUGAGAAGCUUGGUAGUGGAGGAAGUUCAACCAACCGAUCAACUCGGAGAUGUCACACAGGCGGCUCUGCAGCAAUCUGCCACCGUUAGGAAAGACCACUUUGAACAAACUACCGAAACCGAAACAAUGGUGUAUGAAGAUGCCAACAUCAUCCAGGAGUCCAUCAAACCCGAUGAAAAGCUUGCUGACGUAAUGAUUCAGCCAAACACUGGACUGAUAGUCACCGAAGUAGUAAGCGAACAACGCGAAAAGGAAGGAUACAGUGUUCAAGACAUCGCAAAGGAUUACCUAGCUCAGGCAGUGCCCGCUAAAACAUUGCAAUCAGUUACAGUAGAACAGGUUGAAGUCGCCGAAGAUGUCUCCAGUGUGGAUGUUCAACCAAAACCGGAACAAUCGGCCAUUGCCUCCAAAGAGACGUGGCAACAAACCACAGUAACGGAGACUCUAGCCUACGAACAGAUAACGCCACAGGAGCAGGUCAUCCUUCCAGAACAACGCCAAGCAGGUGCUAGCCUCGAGCCGAUGUCCGAAAUGACCGUAACUGAGGUAGUGGCAGAACAGAAAGCUACGGAAGGAAUCAGCUUGGCGGAAACUGUAGGACAAAAGGCUAAAACCGUACCAACUGAUGAGCUGAAAUCGCUUUCCGUUGAACAGGUUCAACCUUUGCAUGGUCUUUCGGAAAUGAUAACCGAAAGUUCAAAAACUACUACAGCUGUCAUUAAAACCGAUGAAUUUUCGGUUACCACAACAACGGAGACUACAACCUUCGAAGGACUGAAAGAAUAUGCAGGCAAACCGGAGCUGGACUCAUACACGGCCAAACUCAUUCCGGCGGAUGUCUUGAAGUCCCUGACGAUAGAACAGAUUGAACCACUUCUGUGGACCGGUGAAGUACCGGAAGUCAUGCUACAACCUUUGACGGUGGUUGCUAAGAGCGAUAAACACGAGGAGCUCGUUGCCACGGAAACAACCGUGUUUGAAUGCAUAAAAGAUUUCAUCGACAAACUCGAGCGUGAAGAGCACAGUGCCAAAGUGAUUUCCAACGGAAUUCUGAAAUCUUUGACAGUUGAACAGGUAAUGUCACUCCAACAAACGGGUGAAGUUGAACGGUUCAUAACCAAAACAACUUCGGCUUUGGUUCAGUCAGAUGAACACGAACAAACCACCGUUACCGAAGCGAUGAUCUUUGAAGCUUGGAAGGACUUUAUGGGUCAAGCGGAGAUCGAAUGGCAAACCGCAAAGGUAAUGCCUACGGAUGCAUUGAAGUCUUUAAGUGUACAACAAGUCCAACCUCUAGACGAACUUGACGUCGUCCAAACCGAACCCCAACAACUCUCUUCAGCUACAGUAACUUCAAACGAAAUGACGACCCAAUUGAUCACUUCUGAAACAUCUGUCUAUGAAGGACUGAAAAAGUACGAUACAACGCCAACAGACUCGCAGCUCGCUAGAGCAGUGUUUCCAGAUGAGCAGAAAUCUUUAUCCGUGGAACAGCCCGAAGCAUUCAUUGCGAUCGGCGACGUAAAACCGGAAACACUACAAACCUCUGAGGCAGCUGUCAGAACUGAUGAAUUCGAACAGAAAACAAUAACGGAAGUAGCUACUUACGAAGGCAUACGAGAGGGUAUUAAUCAAAUUGAAACAAGCGAAAAACACGCAACACCAGUAUUUGAAGGAUUGAAACUACCAACAAAACUAACUGUGGGUACCUCUGAUGCUGUUGAAAGCUUGAAAGAAAGGGAAUCAGUUGAAGAAAGUGCUACCAGUGUGAUCGUUGAGCAUACUAGGGCGUGGACAACUGAAACCCUGGCGCACGAUUCGUUAGGCCUAUUGAAAUCCCCGGAAGAAACUGAGACAAAGCACGCAGCUCCACAAGUGUCGGAUCUGCACGUUCCCAUUCAGUUGGAAACCGUUCCAAGUGAAUCUCUUGAUCAAGUCCAAUCCCCUGAGGCCGUAAUCGAACGAAGCGCGAUUAUCGAUGUUAGCGAUUUCAUAGUUCCAUUGCAAUCCCAUAUCAUAUCGUCCGACACCGUAACGCCAUUCGAAGAGAGCACCGAACCACGUAAGUUUGCCACAAAAUCUAUACAAGAUGGCUUAAGAGCAGCCGAGUGUAUAGAAGUAUCCAGUAAUGAACUAAACGAUAUCACAACACCGACCGAAGCACCUGAAAGACAGGCAACGGUUUCAUAUUCAUCUAAUAUCAUAGCGAACAUAACCGAAACCAACAUCCACGAAAAUGUAGAUAAUAUCGAUGUUGUCAAUGAACCAACAGAGCGGUUCGCCAAAUUAACCCAACCAAUGCUCAACGAGUACAACGAAAGUAUUCCCAUGGUGCUCGAAGAUCACACAGCAACAUUGUCUAUACACACACAAACAACCAGACAAGCACAACACGAAGACACAGAAAUACAAGAAACACAUGAAGAACAACAAACCACACAACAAAGUCACGAGGAAGUAACCUUCGUUAUUAACAAGAAAAAACAUGUCACACAAGAUCAACAAAAAACAAUCGUAGAAGAAAUGCCUGAAGAGGUCAAAGUGACUGAAGUUAUCACCGAAGAAGGCAUACGGAAGAAACAAGUCGUCAAGAAACGCGUCAUCAAGAAAAAGGCUGGCAAGAAAGAACAGGUCACCGAAAUCGUUACUGUCCAAGAAGAUGAUCAACUACCUCAGACAACGGUUACUGUCACCGAAUCGGACAUUCCGUUCGAGGAGGUAACUGAGUUCAAGCCCGCUCAAAUUGAACCUCAAGAAGCCAUUGUCCAAGAACUUCCUGAAGAGGUAAAGGUGACUGAAGUUAUCACUGAAGAAGGCAAGCCAAAGAAACAAGUCGUCAAGAAACGCGUCAUCAAGAAGAAGGCUGGCAAGAAGGAACAAGUCACCGAAAUCGUCACUGUCCAAGAAGAUGAUCAACUUCCUCAGACAACGGUUACUGUCACCGAAUCGGACAUUCCGUUCGAGGAGGUAACUGAGUUCAAGCCCGCUCAAAUUGAACCUCAAGAAGCCAUUGUCCAAGAACUUCCUGAAGAGGUGAAGGUGACUGAAGUUAUCACCGAAGAAGGCAAGCCAAAGAAACAAGUCGUCAAGAAACGCGUCAUCAAGAAGAAGGCUGGCAAGAAGGAACAAGUCACCGAAAUCGUCACUGUCCAAGAAGAUGAUCAACUUCCUCAGACAACGGUUACUGUCACCGAAUCGGACAUUCCGUUCGAGGAGGUAACUGAGUUCAAGCCCGCUCAAAUUGAACCCCAAGAAGCCAUUGUCCAAGAACUUCCUGAAGAGGUGAAGGUGACUGAAGUUAUCACCGAAGAAGGCAAGCCAAAGAAACAAGUCGUCAAGAAACGCGUCAUCAAGAAGAAGGCUGGCAAGAAGGAACAAGUCACCGAAAUCGUCACUGUCCAAGAAGAUGAUCAACUUCCUCAGACAACGGUUACUGUCACCGAAUCGGACAUUCCGUUCGAGGAGGUAACUGAGUUUAAGCCCGCUCAAAUUGAACCUCAAGAAGCCAUUGUCCAAGAACUUCCUGAAGAGGUGAAGGUGACUGAAGUUAUCACCGAAGAAGGCAAGCCAAAGAAACAAGUCGUCAAGAAACGCAUCAUCAAGAAGAAGGCUGGCAAGAAGGAACAAGUCACCGAAAUCGUCACCGUCCAAGAAGAUGAUCAACUUCCUCAGACAACGGUUACUGUCACCGAAUCGGACAUUCCGUUCGAGGAGGUAACUGAGUUCAAGCCCGCUCAAAUUGAACCUCAAGAAGCCACUAUCCAAGAAUUUCCUGAAGAGGUGACUGAAGUUAUAACCGAAGAAGGCAAGCCAAAGAAACAAGUCGUCAAGAAACGCGUCAUCAAGAAGAAGGCUGGCAAGAAGGAACAAGUCACCGAAAUCGUCACUGUCCAAGAAGAUGAUCAACUUCCUCAGACAACGGUUACUGUCACCGAAUCGGACAUUCCGUUCGAGGAGGUAACUGAGUUCAAGCCUUCACGCAUUAAACCUCAAGAAGCCAUCAUCCAAGAACUUCCUGAAGAGGUGAAGGCAAGCCAAAGAAACAAGUCCACAAAAGUUAUCAAAAAGAAGAUUAAAAAAAUUGUCAAAGCUUUACCGUCAGCCGAGGAACAACCUGGGGAGGAAACGGAGGAACUGCUUUUGAUUCCAGCCCAGCCGGAACAAAUAGUCAUUGAAGAAAUGCCAGAAAAAGUGGAAGUUGUCGAAACCGUAACCACAGAGGGUAAACCGAAAAAGCAUGUUACGAAGACGAAGGUAAUCAAAAAGAGAACUGGCGAUAAAGUGGAGGAAGUCAAAGUGGUUACAACGCAAGAGGAUGACCAGCCGGCGGAAACUACCGUUACACUUUCUGAAGAAGUGGUUCCAGCCGUGGAUGAAGCUAUCCCGGUUGAUGAAACCACCAGCGAGAAGCCUAAACCGAAGAAGAAGAAGGUUAAAACGGUUAAGAAAGUCACGGAUGAUACGGAUGACAUAAUAGAACGUCUGCUGAAUUUAGAAGUAAAGAAAACCGAACUGGAGAGGUACGAGAAAAUUGAUGUGGAAUUUAAGCCUCGAACUCGGAAGGUAGAGGAAAGUUCGGUGGAAGAGUUCCCUGAAACGGUGGUGAUACAUCAGACGGAGGAUGGAACCGAAGCGAAAAAAGUUACCAAGAGGAAGGUUAUCAAGAAAAAGAUCGGCAAAAAAGAGGAAACUACUGAAGUCGUCACGGUACAAACCGGUGACGCCGAACCGGUAACAUCGGUGACCGUAACCGAGGAGGAGCUUCCUUUCGAACAACCCGAGGAGAUUUUCAUUGAAGCUGCUCCACAAGAAACGGCCAUUGUUGAAGAGCUCCCCGAAGAGAUAAAAGUAACGGAAAUUAUUUCGGAACUAGGGGUGCCAAAGAAACAGGUAACAAAAAAGAGGACAAUCAAAAAGAAGAUUGGGGAGAAGGAGGAAAAAGUGGAGGUGGUGACUGUGCAGGAAGACAAUAAGGAGCCGGAAACUACGAUAACCAUCACCGAGACGGAACAGGAACCCGCCGAGGCAGUUGUUGCAGCUCCAGAAGAACUGACGGUUAGUCAACCAACAGAAGUUGUCAAACCGAAACUAAAGAAAAAGAAGGUGAAAGUUAUCAAAACUAAUGACACUGCUGAUGAUAUCAUUGAAAAGCUGCUAAAUCUGGAGGUAAAGAAAACCGAACUUGAAGUCUACGAACGUAUUGAGCUCGAACCCAGGCGAAAAUCUAAAGAUGUUUUGGAAAUGAUUUUGGAACAACCGACCCCGUCGGUUGCUGAAAUUUCUGAUGUUCCAGAAGUUCCUGCUAAGCCGAAGACAAAACAAAAGGUAAAGAAACCACGCACUGAACCUGUAAAAGAGGAACCGACUGAAUACGUUGUCGAAGAACCUACCGUCGAAGAGGUUACUAAGGAACCAGAGGAGGAACCAGAAGUCCUUCAGCCAUUGGAACCAUUGAUCCCAACUGUUGUUGAGGAGAUCACCGAUCAAGAAAUUGCACCGGAUGGAAGCCGCCAGGUAACAAUCAAGAAGAAGAUAAUUAAAAAGAAAGUCACAAAAGGUGCAGCUCCCCACGAAGAAACUCCAGUGGAAAGUGAGGUUCCUGAUGAAGCUCACGAAGUACCGAAACCUAUGCAACCUGAAGAGCCAGCUGUGGAAAAAUUGGAGGAAUUAUCCCCCGAAGAAGUUGUAACGGAACUAGCUUAUGUUGAACCAACAAAGCAGAUGGCAUUGGUUGAAGAGAUUUCCAAAGAGUUCCUAACAUAUGAAGAAAAAUCACUCAAAGUGUUAGAGAAAGAAGCGAUUCAACCGCAAGAGAGUGUAGAAGCUCGCAAGGUGCAGGUUAAGAAGGUGAAAAAAGUAGUGAAGAAAACAGCUGAAGUGGCCGUAGAUGAUGAACUGGAACGUUUGCUCAAUUUGGAAGUCGAAAAAACACAGCUGGAAGAGUACGAACGGAUUGAGCUUGAGGCAAAACCAAAACCAGAAAAGCCAAAACCUAAGCUGGAGCCGAUGAAAAUUGAACGCAGAGAGCAGAAACCAAUUAAGUUACAGAUUAGCGAGCCCGAAGAACUGCCGCAAAUGGUCAGACUGCGAAAAACUAAGGUUCCCGCCCGAAAGGAAAUCGAAGAGACUGUGGUUCCAAAGGUACUGCUCAAGAGUAGGAUCAUUAUGGUUGAGUAUCCUCCCAAAAUGUUGAAUCUGGAGAUUACUUCAUUAGUGACUAAGCGUGGUGUUGGUGAACUCACACGAACCGAAGAGGAGGAGGAGAAAAUCAAACUGAAAAAGAUCAAAAAGAUUAAAACCACCAAACGCGAAAAGCUUGAACUUGAGCAACUGGACCUUCCGGAGUACGAAGAAGAAGAACCCGUUGCGGAGGAAGUACCUGAAGAAAAAUUGAAGUACCAGAGAAAACCCAAGGAUAAACCGGAGGAAGAGCAAAUUGAAAAAGUCCUAAAACUAGGCAAAGGAAAGGUCAAGCCAGAGGAAGUGACUGAUGAAACGGUUACUCUGAAAAAGACACCGAAAAAGACAGUUGAAGAACCAACUGAAGAGGAAAAAAUAUCGAAGAAACCUAAACAACAACCUACGCCGGUGGAAGAUGUUAAGGAACAAAGACAUAUUGCAAAGCCAUCGUUCGAGCCAACAGACAUUCCCGAUGUACAGUUGGAGCUUGAAGAAUACAGAGCGCCAUCCCCUGUUCCCGACGAACCCGAAGAAGAAGCUCCGAAGAAGAAGAAACGACCGAAGAAGCCAAAAGCACCCGAAGAACCGGAAGAUGUGCAGCGCCUACUGGUCAUGGGUAAAGGUAAAGCCCCGGAGGAUAUUCCAGAGGACGACGUAAAGUUCAGAAUACCAACAUCCAAAAAACCCGAAGAAGAACCUGAAACAAUUACUCUGAAACCGAUCAGCAAACCAGACAAGAAACCGGAAGACCAAGAGAAACAAGUUGACCGAGAGCUUGCACUCUCAGCUACCGUUGAGAAACCAGAGGAACCUGAAGUUGAAACCGUCAAACUUGAAACAAAGCAGCGGAAGGUAAUUAAGAAAAAGGUUCGCAAGGGAUCUAAAGAAGAACAACCCGUUUCGGAAAUAACCACCGAGGAACCCGUGGAGCAAUCUGCUGAAGUGGGAGAACAACCUGUUCACAUGGCACAGAUCGUUGAACCUGUGAAAGAACCUGAAGCUCCAUGGGAGGAACCCAGAGAAAUUCCAGCUGCACCAAAAGAACCCCAAACUGUUGUAGAGGAAGAACCUUUAGUUGUAGAGGAAAAGAAUGUUCUAUCACCAGAAGGUAAUCAGCAAAAGCAAACGAUCAUCAAGAAGGUUAUCAAGAAGAAGCGCAAGGAUAAGGAAGAAAUGAUAGAAGUUGUUACAACACAAACCGGUGACGAGGCUCCCACGACCACGGUUACAGUAAGCGAAAUAGUCCCAGAUGUUUCAACCCCUGCGGAAGAGCAACCAAAAGAACCGACCAAGGUACGAGUGAAGAAGGUGAAAGUACCGAGCAAAAAGGACGACCUCGAUGAUAUCAUUGAGCGAUUGCUGAAUGAAGAAGUCACUAAAACCGAACUGGAAAAGUACGAACGGUUUGAAUUCGAGAAAGCCCCCACCGAGGAACGGCCUGCUGAAAGCGCAACGGUCGAACCGGUUCCGAAACCCAAAGCAGUCAAGAAGACUAAACAAAUCAAACUGCAUGAAACCAUUUCAUUACUAGAGACACCAACAGAUACCUCAGAUACCCUAGAACCCACGCCAAUCGAGGCACAAACACCAGACACUAUACACACAUCCAUCACUGAAGAAAAACUAAGAAUCAGUGCUGAUGCCAUCGAAAUCAGGGAAGAGGUACACGAGACGAAGGAACUCAUCACUGAAGCGCCUACCAGGGAGGAGCUAGCACCAGUGGAGAUUAAACCACAAGCCGUAGAAAGCCCAACGGUUAGGAGGAAGCCACUACUGGAGGCAGCACCAAGGGAGGAAACUUUGGUCCAACCUACGGAGGAAGUAUCCGAAGUAACUCUAAUUCCAGGCGAUGCAGUGCAAGUUUCCGUUGAGGAAAUUCCGAAGAAAGCAACCGAAAAACCGGUCAUUAGCAAGCCACUUCUGGAAGCAGCUCCCAAAGAGGAGGUGUUUGAGCAAACACUAGAGGAAAUAGACAUCACUGCGGGUGUGAAAUUCGAUGGAAUCCAACUGGAAGCUACCGAUGUUCCCAAUAAGGUUACCGAGAAACCAACAGUUUUCGCAAAACCAACGCUCGAAGCUGCGGCUAAGGAAGAAUUGCUGGAACAGCCAGUCGAAGAACUGGACUCCGUGCCGUCACUUUCAAUGGAAGAAAUUGUACCAACGGCAACAGAUGUAGCUCAACGAGCUACUGAAGUCCCGCAAGUUCAAGCUAAACCUUUGCUGGAGGCAGCCCCAAUUGAAGGCCAGUUUGAUGUUACAGCGGAAGAAGUCGAUACAGUCACUUCGCUGUCUCUUGACGAGGAAUUCGUUGCCCCGAUAGAUAUUGUGAAUCAGGCCACUGAAAAGCCUCAGAUCACGCAGAAACCAGUGCUAGCUGCCGCACCAAUCGAAAGUUUGGUCGAGCAUAAGCCUGAGGAGACCGAAGCAGUUGCACCGUUAGUUCCAGAGCAAUUCCAAAUUGCUCCGAGUGAGGAACUGCUGACAGCUCCUGCCGAUCAAGCAAAGGUUGCUCCAGAAGUUGCCGUACAAGUGGCACCGGAACCGGCAAAGAGGACGAAAAAGGUAACAAAGGUUAAGAAGACGAAACAGUCUGUAGAAGAUGACGAAGAACUACAACGCUUGCUGAAUUUGGAAGUUGAGAAAACACAACUGGAAAUCUACGAAAAAACCGAACUUGAAGCCAAGGAGAAGUUGAAGCCAGAAAAGGGUGAGCCAGUCAAAUUAGAACCUAUCAAAAUAGAACGAAAAGAACAAAAACCAAUCAAACUUCAAAUCACAGACACACCAGAACCACAAACAGUAAAACUGCGUAAAACCGUUCUGCCAGAAAAGAAAGAAAUCGAAGAGGUCACUAUUCCGAAAGUCUUGUUGAAGAGUAGGAUCGAACGGGUCGAGUACCCACCGGAGGUCCAACAGCCAAAGAUCGUCGACUUGCAGACCAAGCGCGGCGUUGGCGAGCUUACCAGGACAGAAGAAGAAGACGAAGAGCGCAAGGUUAAGAAAAUCAAGAAGAUUAAGGUUAUUAAGAAGGACAAACCGGAACUAGAAUCACUUGAUCUAGAGAAGUACGAGAAGGAACCAACUGUCAAAGAAGAAGUGGAAGAAGAAAAACCUAAGUAUCAGCGACAGGUGAAGGAAAAACCGGUUGAAGAGGUAGAAGAUAGGACACUUGUGCUAGGUAAGGGUAAACUAAAGAAGGAUGAAGAUGAAACUGAAGAGGUUAAAUUGAAGAAAACACCCGUAAGACCGAAAGAAGAAGAACAGGUAGAAGAGAAACCGAAGAAGAAGAAAGAAGAAAAACCAACCGAGGUGGAGGAAGUGAAGAAACAGAAACACAUUGAAAAACCAACAUUCACUCCAACGGAUAUUCCGGAUGUUGAGACCGAACUUGAACCGUACGUCAAACCUGAACCAGAACCGAAGGAAAAACCGGUCAAGAAAUCUGAGAAACCAAAGGUGCCAAAGGAACCGAAAAAACCGGACGUUCCCGAAGAACCGGAGCAUAAAAUUAUUCCUGGUAAGGGUAAGCUUCCAGAGCCGGAGCCUGAGCCAGAAGUGAAAUUCCGCAUACCGGUUGGCAAGAAGCCAGAGGAAGAACCGGAAGAGAUUAAACUUAAACCCUUCAAAAAACCGUCUCCCGAAAAAGAACUUACAGAUCGCGAUGCCGAUAGGGAAAUGGCACUCCCGAAACCAAAGGACUAUCCAGAGGAACCGGAAGCGGAGAUCACAAUAAAGAAAAAGAAGAAAAAGGUACCGAAAGAACCAGAGGUUCCAGUACCGGUUGAGGAAAUCACUCCAGAAGCUCCGAAAGAGGAAGAACCGAUCGUCGAAGUCGAGGUUCCCAAAGAGGAACCAAGGGUUGAAGAGCCCUUACCGGUACAGGAAAUUAAGAAACCCAAGGAACUUCCAAUCGAAACACCAUUAGAAAUGGUUGUACCCAAGCCGAUUGAAGAAGUCACCGAAGAACUGCCGGAAAAGUUCGCAGUACCAGAGAAACCAAUGGAAGUUGAAGUGGAAAAACUGCAAGAACCUCAAAUUUCCCAACCAGAAGUACUGGAAGUGAAGGAAGAGAAGAAAAAGGUUGUUAAAAAGAUUAUCAAGAAACCAAAAGCGAAACCUGAGGAAGAUGACGAGUUGCAACGGCUUUUAAAUCUGGAAGUUGAAAAGACUACACUCGAAACCUAUGAGAAGGUUGAUCUCGAACCAAAGCAAAAGGUUAAACCAGCUCCGGAAGUUAAACCGGUCGAAGUGCCACAACCAGAGGAAGCUAAGGUGGAACCACUUCCCAAACCAGAGCCUGUCGUUAAGAAGGCCGAAAUUGUUGAACAGGCACCGGUAGUCGAGCAGGAAACUAAGGAACGAGUUGAGGAAAAACCAAUCCCCGAGGAAGCCCUGCCAAGUACGGUGAAACCUGAACUGGUUAGCGUGGCCGAAGUAGCUCCGGUCGAAGUAAAACAGGAUGUUCCACAGGAAGAAAAGCCGGUUGAAGUUCAGCCAGAACCUGAGCAGAAGAAACCCGAGGAAAAGAAGGUUAAAAAGACGAUCAUCAAGAAACCUAAAAAGGCAUCGAUCGAAGACGAUGAACAGCUUCAAAAACUGCUCAAUUUGGAAAUCGAGAAAACGGAGUUGGAAAAAUACGAAAAAGUGGAUCUGGAUAUUACGAAAAAACCAAAGAAGGUUGAACCCGAACCGGUAGAGGUCAAACCUGUGAAGGCUGAAGUGGAAGAAGUUCCGGAAGAGGUUAUCGUAAAACCUAAACCGAAACCGAAAGUAACCAUACCGGUUGAAGAGGAGGUUGAGGUUGAUUUCAAGAUUACGAAGAAACCCCGUCUUCCGGAACAACCACAAGAGGUCGAGGAAAAGAUCACGCUGAAACCUACUCCGCAGAAACCGGAAGAAACUGUCAGUGUAGAAAGAAUCAUUAAAAUCGAAGUGGAACGUUCGGAACCCGUUACUAUCGAACCUGUAAUCGAAGAGCCCGAAGAGAUCACUAUUCAGCGAGAAGAAAUCUCUACAGUUGAGCCUCUGAUUGAGGAACCAGCGGAUGAGUUUGUCGCUCCAGAGGAGGUGGUUCCGAUUCAACCGAUUGAAGAAGAAAUUUCCGAUGCACAGCCACUCAUUGAGGAGGCUGUUAUCGAGGUACCAUCCGAAGAGAUAGCCACACCGAUUGAAUCCGUACCAAUCCAACCAAUCGUGGAGGAACCUGCUCCUGCUGAAAUAUUGCGUAAGGUUUCACUCAAACCAGUUCCACAACCGGUACCGGUUGAAGAAGAGAAACCCAAAGAAAAACCGAAAAAGAAGGUGGUCGUCAAAAAGAAGAAGGCUAGCUUGGACGAUGAUGCGGAACUGCAGCGGCUUCUGAAUUUGGAAGUGGAAAAAACUGAACUUGAACAGUACGAGAAGGUCGACGUUGAGCUUCGCAAACGAGAAAAGGUUAAAGUAGUCGAGCAACCAAAACCACAACAAGCGACCACAUCGACUGUUGAGGCAGAGGAAGUGGUACAACUUAAACCGAGAAAGCCAAGCGUGAAGCCGCAGGUUGAGACCAUCGAGGAAACAGAGGUUGCCUUUAAAUUGAAACCGAAGAAGAAACCAGAACCGGAAGAAGUCGUACAGGAUGCAACCAUCACACUGAAGAGAGAAAAACCUAAAGUGGUUGAAGAAACCGCUGUGGAAGAGAUUGUUAUACUGAAACCGGUAGCACCAAAACCGGAGGAGGUUGAAGACGUCGAAGAAGUUAUCAAGCUAAAGGCUAAACCUCAGGAAUAUGUUACCGACGAAGCGGAAGCGCGGUUGGAAAUUGUCCGGGAGAUUCCACAGGAGGAAGAACCGGUUGCGAAACCAGUUGAGAAACCGAAGAAGAAGGUGGUUAAGAAAAAGAAGGAGGAUGAUAUUGAUGAAAUCACCAAGAAGUUGCUGGAAAUGGAUGUGCCGAAGACCGAGCUGGAAAAAUACGAGAAGGUAGACUUGGAACCUAAGAAACCGAAAGAAACGGUUGAAGAUGUCGUAGUGGCGAAACGUAGACCAAAACCAGUAGUUACAGAAGAAGAGGAAGAAGAGGUCACACAAAGCUUGAGGCUCCGCAAGAAGCCUGAACCGGUGGAGGAGCCAGAAGAAGCGGAGGCUACCUUCAAAAUACCGAAGAAACCGAAACCAGAACCGGAGAAACCGGAAGAUGUUGAAGCUUCCCUCACGAUCACCAGGGAGAAAGAGGUGGAACCAGCACAAGAGGAAAUCACAGAGCACGUGGUUAUUCGCAAGCAGCGACCACGACCAAAACCAGCGUUCCGCAGGGAAGUGCUGGACGAAGAGGAAGUGCGAAUCAAGAAGAUCAAAAAGGUUCGUCAACCUCGACCGGUCUUCAAAGAUGUUGAACCGGAAACAGUUACCUUCCAGCCAAGAAGAACGAAGCACAUUGAGGAUAUUGAACAGGAGUUCAAGAUCCAGUUGGAUUCGUAUGCACGAGAGGAAAUUUCCAUGACCGGAAGGGUGAAAUUGCCUGCUCCGUACAGUUAUGGAGAGGAAACUGGCGAAGCGCACAUUACGAUUAUCAAAGAGGUGGAUGAUGAUGAUGAGGUGGUGUACGAAGUCAUCUACGAUGACAGUGAGGUUAGCGCGGAAGGGGAAUACGAUAGGUACGACGAAGAUACCGAAAACGUAGUCCUGGAGCUUCGCAAACGCCGACAAAAGCUUGAGGGUCUCAUCGUACAACACGAGGAGGAGAUCACGCUUGACCUGCACCGUCGAAAACCACAAGAAACCACACACGAAGAAGAAUCAUUCACACUGAAACAACAGAAGAAGUCUUUGGCAACAUACUCGGAAGAGACUGCUUCGCUCAGGAUCGUUCGGGAGGAAGAUGCCAGUGAAAUGUAUUGCAUCCAAUCGGUUGAGGCGGAAAAUGAAGAGGCUCUUCAUUUGGUGGAAGGCGAGAAACUAUACGUCAUCGACCGCACCAACCCCGAGUGGUGGUUCGUGAAACGUUCGUGGUGCGAGGAACGUGGCUUUGUACGUCGUGAACUGCUCAUGGAUGCUGUCACCUAUCCACAGUACGUACAGAAAACGCUAAACGAAAAGAUCGACAAGCUCCCGAUAUUCGAGAAACCAGGACCGAACGAAAAACCACAAGCGCCGAAGAUCGUCGAAAAGCUACAACCGAUUACCACGCAGGACAACUACACCGUUCAGUUCGAGUGCAAGGUUGAAGGUUACCCCCGGCCGCAAAUCACCUGGUUCCGACAGACAGCCGUCAUAAAACCAUCUCAGGACUUCCACAUCUACUAUGACGAUGACAACGUGGCAACGCUCAUCAUUCGUGAGGUGUUCCCCGAGGAUGCUGGAAUGUUUACAUGUGUCGCUAAAAAUAUCGCCGGUUUUGCCGCUAGCUCGACCGAAUUGACGGUGGAUUCGUUCACGUCCGACCUCGGUUCAGAACAGGCGACACUUUCGCGUAAGAGCAUGUCCCGCGAAUCAUCGCUGGCCGACAUUUUGGAAGGUAUUCCACCGACCUUCUCGCGCAAACCAAAAGCUCAAUACGUUGAUGCCGGGUCCAAUGUUUUGCUCGAGUGCCGGUUGGUCGCCGUUCCCGAGCCGGAAAUACAAUGGUUCUACAAUGGAAUCGAGAUUACCAAUAAGGAUAACAUCCAGGUGGUGGUUGAGUCCGACAUGCACAUGUACUGUACGGUUGUUCAGAUUCAAAACAUCGAGAAGUAUCAGGAAGGUUCGUACCAGGUUGUGGCCCGCAAUCGGGAAGGCGUAUCGUCACUGGAUAUCACAGUCAAGGUGAAGACCGGAGUUCAGGAACCGCCACAAAUUCUGGAACCACUUAAGAGUAUGAGCAUUCGCCAAGGUGAAACCGUCAUGCUGACAACACAGAUUGUCGGUAAUCCAACGCCUGAAGUUAAGUGGUUCAAGAAUGGAGAAGUUCUUAAGGUACCAACGCAAGUUGAUAAAAACCUGUACAGCGUCACGCUGCUGUCACCAACACAUGAAAAUGCCGGUGAAUACACGGUGAAGGCUAAGAAUCCUGCGGGUACUGUGGAGACCACCGCUUUCCUGACAGUUGAUGAGUCCAACGUUGGAAACCCACAAGCGCCACUGUUUUUGGAACGAUUCGAAGAGCAGAACGUCCUCCAGGGUAGCACCAUCAAGCUUCCCGCAAAGGUUUCCGGUAAUCCAGUUCCGGAGAUUCUGUGGCUGCGCAACAAUAACACCCUGUUACCGUCGAAGAAGGUCAAGCAGGCGUACGAUGGGCAGAAUAUUGAGCUCACCAUUGCCAAUGCCGAUUCGGAACAGGAUUCCGGUAACUACAAGUGUAUUGCUUCCAAUACGGUUGGAAAGGCUUCCCAUGGUGCUCGCGUAACGGUAGAAGUCGAUAAGGUUACGUUCGUGAAGAAGUUGAAGAAGAGUAUUACCGUGGAGGAAAGCAAGGCAGUUACGCUGGAGUGCGAGACGUCUCAUACGGUUUCGACGAAAUGGUUCCACAAUGGAAAGGAGAUGAGUGGUAUGGACCAUCGGGUGAUCGUACAGGAGGGUAAGGUUCACAAGGUUGUCAUCAAGAAUCCAACCAUCAAGGACAGCGGUACGUAUAAGUGUACGGUGAAGGAUCAGGUGACCGAGGGUGGUUUGACUGUACUGGAAGCCAAGCCAGAGUUCCUGCGUAAGCUGGAGGAUGUUGAGACUAAGGAAAAGCAGGAUGCUAUUCUGGAGGUGGAGAUCACUUCGGAGACGGCGGAUGUGACUUGGUACAAGGAGGGUAAGAAGAUUGAGGAGAAGAGGAAUAAGUAUGAGUUCAGUAAGAAGGGUAAGUCACGUACGCUGUUGGUGCGGAAUACUUCCGUGCAUGAUGAAGGCGAGUAUACCUGUACUCUGGCUGAUCAGGAGUGUUCGGCAGAGGUGACCGUCAUCGAACUUCCACCGGAAAUCAUAACUCCACUGAAGGAUGUUACGGUUGCUCGUGGAGAGAACGCCAUCUUUGAAAUUGAAUUGACUAAGGGAGAUGCUUUGGUUCGGUGGUAUAGGAACGAUUCGGAACUGUCGUUCAAUGGACAUUAUUCGCUGACGAUUGACGGUAAGAGGCAAACCUUGAAGAUCACCAAAACUGUCGAUGAGGAUGCGGGAGUGUACAAGUGCGUCGUUGGCGAUCAACUGUCCACCGCACGGUUGAAGGUCGAGAAACCACUGGUUGACUUUGUCAAGCGGCUACCCGAUGUUACCAUCACAACUAAGGAUACCGAUGCCGUGUUUACUGUUGAACUUUCCGAAUCAGCGGAGGUUACUUGGUACAAGAACAAUAAACAAAUCAAGGCUUCCAGCAAGUAUGAACUGGUGAGUGACAAGAACAUUCGCAAGCUUGUGGUGAAGAACGUAACCGAAGACGAUGAAGCAGAGUACACUUGUACCAUCGCCAACGUGAAGACCUCAUCCAAAUUGAAGGUGGAGAUCAUUAAGGUCGCCCCGACCAUCUUUGACGACGGAUCGCGAGUGUUCACCAUCCGCAAGGAAGAGGAUGUAACAUUCAACGUGAAGUUCAACGCAACUCCGAAACCGGAAGCGGAUUGGUACGUGAACGAGAAGCUUAUCAUUCCCUCGCAACGCUUCGUACCGAAGAUCACCGAAGAAACGGCUAGCUUAACGAUCAGGCGAGUUGUCGAAACGGAUGCCGGCGAUUACACCGUUCGAUUGGCGAACGAGUGCGGCGACGCAAGUGCCUCGUUUACGCUGAUCGUGAAGAAACAACCAGGAGCUCCAGAAGCACCGGAAGCAACCAGCAUCACCGACGACUCCAUCACCCUGUUCUGGAAGUCACCUGAGGAUAACGGAAACAGUACAAUCACCGAAUACAUUCUUGAAUAUCAAGAGAAGAAUAAGAAGAAAUGGACGGAAAUAACCAACAUCACCGAGACGACCACGACGGUUACUAAACUGACGAAGAAUUCCGAAUACACAUUCCGUGUUACAGCGGUGAACGAAAUGGGCAAAGGCCCAGCCUCACCGAACUCGCCCUAUUACAAGAUCGCUGCUCCAAUCAAGAAGGAAGCUCCAGUGGUUAGCGAACAUCUGAAGGACGUCCACAUCGGUCUGAAUCAAUCGGUCACUCUGACGUGUAUCGUAAACGGCGUACCAACGCCCGAAAUCACUUGGUACCGCAACGGAAAGGUGCUAAAGGAGAAGACCAUCACCUACGAAAAUGGCGCCGCGAAGUAUGUUAUCAGCAAGACAACCACAGAAACUAGCGGCACCUACAUCUGCAAGGCAACUAACGAAGUCGGCAGUGUUGAAAGCAGCUGCAAAGUAGUGAUCGAAGAAAAGCCUACUAUCACUGUCGAGAAGAAGCAAAUCGUUCAGAAGCUUCGUGUUGGCGACGAAUGGACUGUAGUGGCCAACUUCGAUGGAUAUCCAGUGCCCGAGCUUAUCUGGUACCGUGAAGAGGAAGUAAUCGAGUCUACCACGGAACACACCAUUGUAACCACGAGCAACAGCUCUACUAUUACCAUUACCGGCUUAGAUCGAUCGGACAGUGGCAAGUAUCUGGUCGAAGCAAAGAACUCCGCUGGAUCGGCUAGUGUUGAGCUACAGUUGAAGGUAAUUGAUAAGCCUAGCAAACCGGAGGGACCGAUUGUCGUAAAAGAACUCAGCCCAGAAGCUGUAGUGAUCGAGUGGAAACCUCCCGCGGAUGACGGAGGCUUGGAGAUCUCGCAGUACUCGAUCGAGAAGUGCGACGACACCAACAAGAACGCUUGGAUUAAGGUUGCAGAUGUCCAGAAGAACAUCAGCUCAUAUUGCAUCCAAAAACUUCUCGAUUCGACUCAGUACCACUUCCGUGUUAUUGCACAAAACCCAAUCGGUAGCUCUGAACCACUGGAGAGCGCUUCGGUUACGGUCAAACAGGUUCAAAGCGCUCCUUCCCCACCUCGAGGUCCAAUCGAAACUUCCGGAAUGACAGCCAACUCGUUCACGCUAAUGUGGCAACAGUCGGAGCACAAUGGUGGUAGCAAGAUUCUCGAGUAUGUAGUGGAAAUCAAGGAAUCUAAGAAGAAGGUAUGGAAGGUCAUCGGAAGCACCAGCGCCAGCGAGACUUCGCUGCUCAUUGAAAAUCUGAAUGCCAAUCGAGCCUACGACUUCAGGAUCACCGCAAAGAACAAGAUCGGAACCAGUGAACCACUACUAACGGAGGAAUCGAUUGUCGCCGGCAAGGAAAUCACACCACCGUCGGCGCCGCGUAACUUGCGUAUCGUCAACGUGACCAGCAAGAGCGUCAAGCUCGAGUGGCUGCAGCCGGAAACGAACGGCGGUUCCGAAGUUACCGGUUACGUCGUCGAAAAACGACUCACCACUGCCCAGCAGUGGACCAAGAUCAAAACCCUGGACGCCAGCUGUCUCAGUUACUGCGUCGACAACCUCAAAGAAAAGUCUGAACUAGUAUUCCGAGUGUACGCCGAGAAUGCGAUCGGUCUGAGUUCACCCGCAAGCUCUGAAACCGUGACGUUGAAAUCACAUGCCACUGUACCUUCACCACCCACCGGACCGCUUGAGAUUCGCUAUCUGGGUCCAAACAUCAACAUUGCUGAAUGGGGUAUUCCCGAAUCCGAUGGAGGUGCGCCAUUGGAGGGUUACAAUAUCGCCAUUCGAAAUGUCAAGAAAACGAUGUGGAUGGAGGUUGGACGUGUGGAUGCCGACUGUCAGUCGUUCAACAUCAAAGACCUUGCGGAAGAUGAGGAAUAUCUGAUUCGCAUUAUGGCUCGUAACGAAGUCGGUUGUAGUGACCCGUUGGAAUCGGACGAACCCUACAAGGUUCAACCGGGUGAAGUUCCCGAAGACAUUCACGACGAAACGACACGUGACUUCUCGGAACCGACCGGCACGAACACCUCGUCCUGGCUGCGGGAGCACAACAUGACGGCGGACAUUCACAGCUACGCCCGGCACAAGCUGCUCCGAAGAAGCGAGUACUUCUUCAAGCUGUGGGUCAACGCAAAGAACCUAUUUUCGUAA